CUGAGCAGUUGGAGCAGCCUCGCCUCGGCUGGAGGGAACGCUGCGAGGAAACAGAACUACACUGUCACUGUGUAGUUUUGUUUUUCGGGGGGGGGGAGAUAUCGAGUCUCAACUGUUCUCACCUUGGAUUUUUGUGAGAAACUCUGUGGAUAAGGAGGCCGCUGCCCGUCAGUCCGCCGGGCUCGUCCCGUCAGUCCAAGGACCCUUGGAGACAAGGUGUCGACCAUCAUGUCAACACAGGCACCAACGUUCACGCAGCCGCUGCAGAGCGUCGUGGCACUAGAGGGUAGUGCCGCGACGUUCGAGGCUCAAGUUAGUGGUUCUCCAGUUCCUGAGGUGAGCUGGUUCCGUGAUGGCCAGGUUCUUACCGCCGCCGCUUUGCCCGGCGUUCAGAUCUUGUUCAGCGACGGCCGCGCUGUUCUGAGAAUCCCCACUGUGACCGCCGCACACAGCGGAAGAUUCUCCGUCAGAGCCACCAACGGUGCUGGACAAGCCACGAGCACCGCUGAACUCCUCGUUACAGCGGAGACGGCGCCCCCUAGCUUCCUUCAGAGGCUGCAGAGCUCCUCAGUGAGACAGGGCAGCCAGGUGAAACUGGAUGUCCGAGUCGCCGGCAUCCCCACUCCUGUGGUGAAGUUCUACAGGGAGGGAGCCGAGAUCCAGAGCUCGGCCGACUUCAGGAUCCUCCAGGACGGAGACCUGUACAGUCUGCUGAUUGCUGAGGCCUUCCCAGAGGAUUCUGGGACGUAUUCUGUGACUGCCACCAACAGCAGCGGACGGGCCACCUCCACCGCAGAACUGCUGGUUCAGGGUGAAGAAGCCGUUCCAGCAAAGAAAACCAAAACAGUGAUUUCAACCUCUCAGAUUUCAAAGACCCGUCAGACCCGCGUGGAAAAGAGGACGGAGGCCAGUUUCCAAGCCACCGCCAUGAUGGAGAUGCAGGUGGAGGGCGCCGAGCUGACCCAGCUGGCUCACAAGACUCCGCCCAGAGUCCCUCCCAAACCCACGUCCAAGUCCCCGACCCAGCUCUCGCUGGUCGCCAAGGUGACCGGAGGACGCCAGCAGUCACCGUCACCUGUCAGACACGUGAAGGCGUCGACGCCCACACCUGUCAGGCCUUCCUCUCCCACUUCAAGGUUCUCGGUCUCCCCCAUCAGGCCGGUCAAGUCCCCCCUCACCACACGCAGGCAGAUGGCUGCCGGCGCAGACGUCCUGCCGCCAUGGAAGCAGGGAGACUACGCGGCCGAGGCCAGCUACAUGACCAGCAUGACCAGUAUGAGCAGCAUGACCAGUAUGAGCAGCAGCGUCACCCAGAUGGGCCAGGAGCAACGCUGGGAGCAGGUCACCGGGGUCAAAGAGGCGGUUGGGGGGCAAAGAGCCGGAGCGGUGGCCACGGUGAUGGCCGCCGUCGACCUCGCUCGUAUCCGCCAACCCGUGCACGUGGAGGGCGGCGGAGCCGGAGAGGAGGAGGAGGCUGUAGAUGCAGAUCAACAGUAUGAAGCCGACUGGACAACAUCAAGAGUGCAGACAGGCCAAAUGCUCACUGCUCAGGAGUUUACACCUGAAUCAUCCCUGACUCAGAUUCAGAAAGCGACAGAAAUCUCGUCCCACGUGGAAACUGGUCUGGCCCCGUCCCCAGUUCCACAUUUCACAGUUUCUAAAGUUUCUGUCCCAAAACCCGAGUCUAGUUCUGAGGUUUCCAUCGCUGGCUCAGCCAUCGCCGCUCUGCAGAAAGAGUUCUCUUCAUCCGUCGCCACUAGAAAGAUCAUCAAGCCCGUCAAGUCUCCGUCUCCAUCUCCGUCUCGUCGAGUGGCUGAGGCCGGAGUGACGGCCGAGCCCGUACGGCCGCCGUUCAAAGACUUCUCUGAGAAACAUCCCAGUCACUUACAGAAGGGGGUGGUGUGCUCGGGGGGCAUGGAGAGAAUAUAUGAGGACUGGGGAAACCAGGUGGUGGAAGCAGCAGCUGUACCUUCAGCAGGUGGCGCCGUGGUCCCACCCACACUGGUGUCCGGCUUGAAAAACACAAAUGUGACAGAGGGCGAGUCGGUGACCCUGGAGUGUCAGAUCAGCGGUCAUCCGACACCGGUCAUCAUGUGGUUCAGAGAGGACUACAAGAUCGAGAGCUCCAUUGAUUUUCAGAUCAGCUACGAGAACGGAUUCGCCCAGCUGGUGAUCCGUGAAGCAUUUGCCGAAGACAGUGGACGAUUCACCUGCACCGCCACUAACGAGGCGGGAACCGUCAGCACCUCCUGCUACCUGCUCGUCCAGGUGUCCGAAGACAUCGAGAGCAGAGAGGAGAUCGCUGUCGUCACCGAACAUGUUGAAACUGAGAAACUCAUAAGCGAAGAAUCCAGAGAAGAAACCAUGUCUCAGGUGAGCGUGGGAGAGUUAGAAACUGCCGCCGCCGCCGCUCCCUUCUUCAUCAGAACACCCAGCGUCCAGAAGCUGGUAGAGGGAGGAAGUGUCAUAUUUGAAUGUCAGAUUGGCGGAAGCCCCAAGCCUCACAUCAUCUGGAAGAAGAGCGGCGUACCGCUCACUACCGGAUACAGAUACAAAGUUGCCUACAAGAAGGAGACUGGAGAGUGCAGGUUGGAGAUCUCCAUGACCUUCGCCGACGACGCCGGAGAAUACGCUGUGUUUGCCAAGAACCAGCUCGGAGAAGUCUCCGCGUCCGCCUGCCUGCUGGAGGAAGAGGAAUAUGAAGCCUACAUGAAGAAACAAGAAGAAACCAUUAAGACAGAAGUGACAGCCAUGGUGCAGGAGCCCCAAGUGGGAGACGUUCCCCCUGUCGUCGUUACCACAAUAGAGCAGAUGACCACCACCAUUAUCUCAGGACAGGAAUUUCACCUUUCCACCAUUGAGCAGAGGAUAAUCCAUGAGAUUGAAUUCUGCAUCAUGAAGAUUACGUACAGAGAGAUUGUGACAGAGGACGGAGAGUUGAUGGUGACCGCUGCCGCCACAGAGGCCGUUGAGCCCGUCUUCGACACACCGGUCAAGAACUACAGGAUCAUGGAAGGAAUGGGCGUCACUUUCCACUGCAAGACGGCUGGAAUGCCCCUACCCAAGAUUGCUUGGUACAAAGACGGUCAGCGGAUCAGGCCUGGCGACCGUUACCAGAUGGAGGUUCUUCAGGACGGACGAGCCAGCCUUCGUUUGUCUAUCGUCUUGCCAGAGGAUGAGGGCGUGUACACCGCCUUCGCCACCAACAUGAAGGGAAAUGCCGUCAGCUCUGGAAAGCUCUAUGUGGAGUCGUCCGGAGCUGGAGCACCUCAGAGAUUCACACCACAACCAGCAAUGCAGAGGAUCAGGUCCACCUCUCCUCGUUCUCUGAGCCGCUCUCCUGGUCGCUCUCCCAGCCGUUCUCCCGGACGUUCUCCUGCCCGCCGUCUUGAUGAGACCGACGAGGCUCAGCUGGAAAGACUCUACAAACCCGUGUUUGUCAUGAAGCCUUCCUCAUGUAAAUGCUCUGAGGGGCAAACCGCCAGGUUCGACCUGAAGGUUGUCGGCAGACCGAUGCCCGACACCUACUGGUUCCACAACGGACAACAAGUGGUCAGCGACUUCACCCAUAAGAUCGUGGUCAAAGAGGAUGGGACUCAGUCCCUGAUCAUUGUCCCAGCAAUGCCACAAGACUCUGGAGAGUGGACCGUCGUGGCUCAGAACAGAGCUGGACGCUCGUCCCUCUCCGUCACUCUAACUGUUGAAGCUAAAGAAACCUUGGUGAGACCCCAGUUCACGGACAAGCUGAAGAACAUCAGUGUAAAGCAGGGCACUCUGGUUGAACUGGCUGUUAGAGCCAUUGGAAACCCCCUGCCUGAUAUUGUCUGGCUGAAAAACAGUGACAUUAUCUCACCACACAAGCACCCGAACAUCAGGAUUGAAGGAACCAGAGGGGAGGCUAAAUUUCAGAUUCCCUCAGCAGUUGGCUUGGACAGUGCCUGGUACACUGCUACAGCCAUUAACAAAGCUGGUAGAGACACCACUCGCUGCAGAGUCAAUGUGGAGGUGGAUUAUGCAGAACCUGAACCAGAGAGGAAGCUCAUCAUUACCAAAGGAACAUACAAGGCCAAGGAGAUCGCAGCUCCAGAGGUAGAGCCCCUUCAUCUGCGAUAUGGUCAAGAGCAGUGGGAGGAGGGCGACCUUUAUGACAAAGAGAAGCAGCAGAAACCAAUGUUCAAGAAGAAGCUGACUUCUGUUCGAAUGAAGCGUUUCGGUCCCGCUCACUUUGAGUGCAGACUGACCCCUAUUGGUGACCCCACCAUGGUUGUGGAGUGGCUACAUGAUGGCAAACCCCUGGAAGCCGCAAACAGGUUGCGUAUGGUCAAUGAAUUUGGAUACUGCAGCCUUGACUAUGAAGUUGCUUACGCUAGAGACAGUGGUGUUAUCACCUGCAGAGCCACAAACAAGUUUGGUGUCGACCAAACCUCAGCAACCCUGAUCGUCAAGGAUGAGAAGGGUCUUGUUGAGGAAACACAACUUCCUGAAGGCAGGAAGGGAGCGCACAGAAUCGAUGAGAUAGAGCGCCUGGCUCAUGAGGGAGGCCCUACAGGAGUCACUACUGAAGAAGAUUCUGAAAAAAUGAAACCUGACAUUGUCCUUCUUCCUGAACCAGCCAGAGUCAUGGAGGGCGACACAGCCAGAUUCCGUUGCAGAGUGACCGGUUAUCCAGCACCUAAAGUUAACUGGUACCUUAACGGACAACUUAUCCGCAAAAGCAAGAGAUACAGACUUCGGUAUGAUGGUAUUUACUAUCUGGAGAUCACAGAAAUCAAGUCCUAUGAUUCAGGAGAGGUGAAAGUGGUGGCAGACAGCAACUUGGGCUCAGCCGAGCACACAGUAAAGCUGGAGAUUCAACAGAAAGAGGACUUCAGAACUCAUCUGCGUCGGGCUCCUGAGGCUAAGGCAGCUGAGGCUGCACCCGAACCUGGGAAAACGUCAUUUGAUGUGGUGAAGACUGAGACACCUGCAGAUGACUCUCAGCUGAAAGAGGUGGUCAAGCUCAAGAAAGCCCAGAGAAUUGUCCAUGAGAAAUCCACGGAGGAGACUGAGGAGCUCAGGGGUAAGUUCAAGCGCAGAACAGAAGAAGGAUAUUAUGAAUCCAUCACAGCAGUUGAGCUCAAGUCACGUAAGAAGGAUGAGAGCUAUGAGGAUCUGCUGAAGAAAACCAAGGAAGAGCUGCUUCACCGCGCCAAAGCCAAGGAGGAAGCUGAGAAGAAGAAGGAGGAGGAGCGGCGCAAAGUUACAGCUAAACCACUUCAACCAGAGAGAGUCAAGCUCUCGGCCGGUAUGGAAGCUCCCAAGAUCCUAGAACGUAUUACGAGCCAGACAGUCUCACAGGGUGAAGAAGUGAAAUUCAGAGUCCGAGUUGUUGGCAAACCAGAACCUGAGUGCCACUGGUUCAAGAAUGGCGUUCAGCUGGAGAAGACUGAUCGCAUCAACUGGUACUGGCCUGAGGAUCACGUAUGUGAACUGGUGAUCAGAAAUGUCGUAGCGGAGGAUUCUGCCAGUGUCAUGGUUAAAGCUUCAAACUCUGCAGGAGAGACUUCGAGUCACGCCUUCCUGCUGGUGCAAGCAAAGCAAGUUAUCACCUUCACGCAGAAGUUGGAGGAAGUCAUUGCCAAGGAGAAGGACACUAUGGCGACCUUUGAGUGUGAGACCAACGAGCCUUUCAUCAAGGUCAAAUGGCUGAAGAAUAAUGUGGAGAUCUUCUCUGGAGACAAAUACAGGAUGCACUCUGAUAGAAAGGUUCACUUCCUGUCAGUGCUGAUGAUCAGCAUGAGGGAUGAUGCAGAAUAUACCUGUGUGGUAAUAGACGAUGACGUCAGGACGACUGCCAAGCUGAUUGUUGAAGGAGCUCCACUGGAGGUCCUGAAGCAGCUGGAGAGCACAGAGGUGCCGGAGACUUACUCUGCAGAGUUUGAGUGUCUCAUAUCCCGUGAGGAUGCGGAAGGAAACUGGUUCUUCGGAGAAAAGCUGCUCUCUGCCAGCAGUAAAUACGUCAUGUCCUCUCGUCGUGGGAGACACAGCCUGUCCGUCAAAGACGUCAAGAAGGAGGACCAAGGAAAAUACACCUUCAAAGUGGCCGAGUUCAAGUCGACUGCCUCACUCAAGAUGAAAUUGCGUCCGGUGACCCUGAUGCAUCCUCUGACUGACAUGACGGUUUGCGAGGGAGACAUCGCUCAGAUGGAGGUCAAGUUCUCCCAGGAGAACGUUGAAGGAACCUGGAUGAAGAACGGUCAGCCCAUCACAGCCUCAAACCGUGUCCACGUUGUCAUUGACAGACAGACACACAAGCUCCUGAUCGAAGACACCAACAAGGACGACUUUGCGACGUACUCCUUUGUUGUUCCCUCUCAUGAGAUCUCAACCUCUGCAAAGCUGGUCAUCCAGACUAUUGGUGUGCUGAUCCCACUGAAGGACAUCAGUGCGGUUGAGGGCACCAAGGCGGUUCUGGAGGCCAAGAUCUCUGCUCAGGACGUCACCUCAGUCAAAUGGUACCACAACGACCAACUGCUGACGGCCAGUGAACGAAUCCAGAUGGUGGCAAAGGGAUCGAAGCAGCGUCUGGUCUUCAACAGGACCUUCGCCUCUGAUGAAGGACAUUACAAACUGGUUGUUGGCCGAGCUGAUACCAGCUGCAGAUUCACUGUUCAGACUGUCAAAAUUAUAACCCCGAUGAAGGACAUGGAGUGCUCCGAGUCGGAGAACGUCACUUUCCAAGUCGAGGUUUCUCACCCAGGUAUCGAUGCCUUCUGGACCUUCAAGAGGCAGCCGCUCAAAGCCGGUGCCAAGUAUAAGAUGGAGUCCAAGAACAAGCACCACACACUGACGGUCAUGAACGCAAUGAAGGAUGAGGAGGGCGAGUACAUGUUCGCUGCUGGUGAGAAGAUGAGCAGUGCUGCUCUCACUGUAUCAGGUGGUGCUAUCAAGAAGCCUCUGCGUGACUUGGUGGUGGCUGACUCCCAGACCGCCAUGUUGGAGUGUGAGGUCGCCAACCCGUCUGCAGAAGGCAAGUGGCUGAAAGACGGCCAGCCCGUCGACUUCAAUGAGAACGUGACGAGUGAGGUGAACGGCACCGUCAGACGCCUCGUCAUCAUCAUCACCAAAGCCACUGACAUCGGAGAGUACACCUAUCAGGUUGCCACCUCCAAGACCUCAGCCACCCUGAAAGUUGAGGCUGUGAAGGUCAAGAAGACCCUGAAGAACCAGAAUGUGGUCCAGACUCAGGAUAUUAUGUUCGUCCUGGAGCUGACCCAUGAAAAUGUGAGGGGAGCGCAGUGGAUCAAGAACGGUGUUGAGAUCCAGUCCAGUGAUAAAUAUGAGAUCAGUAUCGAAGGCACAGUCCACACCUUGAAGAUCAAGAACUGCACCACACACGAUGAGUCUGUUUACUCCUUCAAACUGGGAAAACUGUCUGCAAAUGCCAGGCUGAAUGUUGAAACUAUUAAGAUCCUGAAGAAGCCAAAGGAUGUGACGUCAUUGUUGGGUGCAAGUGCUGUAUUUGAGCUCGGCCUAUCAGAGGACGACAUCCCUGUGACGUGGAUGUUCAACAAAAAGGAGCUGAGGCCGAACGAGCACUACAGGAUGCUCACCGAGAAGAAGACACACAAACUGAUCGUCCAGGACGUGGACAACAGAAAAGAGGGAGAGUACACUGCUGUGGUGGGACACCUGCAGUGCAGUGCUCGCCUCAUCGUUGAGUCUCUGCGAGUCACCAAACCCCUGAAGAGCGUGAAGGUCCCGGAGACGCAGGUGGCCACGUUCGAGUGUGAAGUCUCUCACUUCAACGUACCGUCCACGUGGCUGAAGGACGGCGUGGAGAUCGAGAUGAGCGAGAAGUUCAGGAUUGUGGUUCAAGGAAAACUCCACCAGCUGAAGAUCAUGAACACCAGCAGGGACGACUCUGCAGAGUACACCUUCGUCUGCGGGAACGACCGAGUGUCCGCCACGCUCACCGUCAGUCCCAUUCUAAUCUCGGCGAUGCUGCAGGACCUGAACGCUCAGGAGAAAGACACGGUCACGUUUGAAGUGAAUGUGAACUAUGAGGGAAUCACAUACAAAUGGCUAAAGAACGGCCUGGAGAUCCGGUCCACGGACCGAUGCCAGGCUCGCUGCCGACAGCUCACACACACUCUGAGCAUCAGGAAUGUUCACUUCGGAGACAGUGCUGAAUACACCUUCAUGGCCGGCUCUGCAGUUACUACAGCCAAACUCUAUGUUGAGGCUCGUGUGGUUGAGUUCACAAAACAACUGAAGGACAUCAAGAUCACAGAGAAGAAGAGGGCCACUUUUGAAUGUGAAGUUUCUGAACCAAACAUCCAGGUGAUGUGGAUGAAGGACGGUCAGGAGCUGGAGAUGUCUGACAGGUAUAAAAUGACCUCAGAUAAAUUACUGCACCGUCUGGCCCUGCCGUCAGUCCGCCUGUCUGACGCAGGAGAGUACACCGCCGUGGCCGGAUCCAACAUGUCCAGGGCUCACCUGGGGGUCGAGGGACGGGACGUCAAAAUCUCAGCGCCUGCUAGCAGGGACGUCACUGUCGUUGAGAAACACAGAGCCACCUUUGAGUUCGAGGUGAAUGAGGACGACGUGGACGGUCGCUGGAUGAGGAAUGGGGUGGAGAUCCAGUUCUCGGUGGAGGAGAGGUUCAGGUACGCCACCAUCAAGAGGCUCCACCGCCUCACCAUCUCCGAGACCUACAGGAGCGACGCAGGGGAGUACGCCUUCUUAGCCGGGAAAAACAGGAGCACCAUGAACCUUCACGUCAAACUGCCCGAGCCUCCCGAGAUCGUCCGCCACAUGCAGCCGCAGACGGUGAUGUCUGGUAGAAUGGUUCGCUUCUCGGUGCAGGUGAGUGGCGUCCCACCACCUCAGGUGUCGUGGUACAAGAACUCUCAGGCUCUGUCCACCAGCGACAAGUUCAAGUUCCUCCACGACGGAGACGAGCACACGCUGCUGCUCCUGGAGGUCUUCUCCGAGGACGCCACCGUCUACAGCUGCGAGGCCAGGAACGACUACGGAGAGGUGACGAGCUCCGCCGAGCUCACGGUGGAAGUUCCUGAGGUGGUGGAGACCUUGGCCAAGGUCUCGGCUCCGGUCCUUGUGGCCCCGCUGCAGCCCGUCUUGGUCACUGAGGGACACUCGGCCCAGCUCCAGUGCACUGUCUCUGGGGACGAUCUGCAGAUCUCGUGGUUCUGUAAGACCCGGGAGCUCCGACAGUCGGACAUCUUCAGGAUGUCUCAUUACGGUGACGUCUGCCAGUUGGAGAUUUCCAGAGUUCUUCCCGAACACGAAGGAGAGUACUCGUGCAUCGCCACGAACUCGGCGGGAAUGGUCACAUGUGCUGCGACUUUGAAUGUUGACGUAACUGCAGUGGAGAAGGAGCUUGUGACUCAGGUACAGGAGGAAAUCAAAGUAAAACCUGUGUUCAGGCACAGAAUCGUCCCUGUGGAGAUCAACAUCGGCAACAUUGCCAAGUUUGACUGUGAAAUUGAGGACGCUCCGAACGUGAGCUUCAAGUGGUUCAAAGAUGGGCACCACAUCAAAGAGGGCGAUAAAUACAGGAUUAUCAAUCGCUUCAGCACGUCCUCACUGGAGCUUCUGAGCCCAACCAAGGACGACAGCGGUGAAUUCACCUGCAAGGCAUCCAAUCAGCACGGCAGUGACGAGUGCUCUGCCUCUCUCAGCGUCACAGAGCAAUGCCCUCCUGCCUUUAUAAGUAAACCUGACCCUCAGACUGUGUAUGUCGGUAAGAGGGCAAUGAUACAGUGUGUGAUAACAGGAUCUGCUCCUCUCAACGUUGUCUGGGUCAAAGACAACCAGGUCUUACCUAAAGGGGCGACACACUACCAAACCUCUUGUGAAAAGAAUAAACACACUCUUGAGAUAACCGACCUCGAGGCAGCUGACGGGGGGCUUUAUAUUUGCGGAGUGUCCAACAGUGUUGGGACGGCUGAGUGCAGCGCGGAGCUGCGGGUCAUUGAUAAGCCCAACUUUGUGAAGCCUCUUGAUCCCGUUGCUGCUGUGGUCGGAGCUCCUCUGCACCUGGAAUGUCAGGUGGAUGAGGACAUGGGAGUAACUGUCACCUGGACCAGAGACGGUAGAAAAGUCCACCAGUCUCCAGACUGUAAACUGUCUUUCGAGGAUAAGACCGUCACUCUUGACAUCCUAAAGAUCACACUGAAAGAUUGUGGACAUUUUGUGUGUACGGUGACAAAUGAAGCCGGGAGUGCAAAAUGCUCCACUUGGGUGAAGGUUCAAGAGCCACCGGUCUUUGUAAAGAGGCUGGAAGCCACCACAGUGUGGAAGCAGGGCAGCACCGCGCGGCUGCAGUGCGUCGUCAAAGGAUCCCCGGAACUUCACAGCAGCUGGUUCUGUAAUGACCGUGAGCUGACUGCUGGUGGCAGAUAUAGCGUCAGUCUGAAGGACGGCGUGGCCACGCUUGAGAUUCAGGAUGUGACGUUGAGUGACAGUGGAAACUACACCUGUGAGGUUCUCAAUGAGUCUGGGUGUGAAAGCUGCAGCACUAAAGCAACAGUGAAAGAACCGCCGUCUUUCAAAAAGGAGUUACUCUCCGUAGAGGCGGUCAGAGGAUCUGUGGCGGUAUUGGAGUGUGAAAUCACAGGCUCUGCACCGUUCGAGGUAUCCUGGAAAAAGAAUAAGAAACGCCUGUCCACAGAUAAGAAGUUCAGGGUAGUGUCACAGGGAUCGCUGAGCUCUUUGGAGAUCCACUCGUUUGAGAGUGCCGACACUGGUGAAUACGAAUGUGUCGUAUCCAAUGAGGUUGGGUCAGUGAGCUCAAAUUCCACAGCUAAACAGAAAGAGCCACCGAUGUUUUCAAAGAGGGUUGAGAGUGUUUCAGCAGUGUUGGGAAACACAGUGAAACUACAGGGAACCUUAAAAGGCUCAGCUCCCAUCACUGUCAAAUGGAUGAAAGACUCUGAGCUGCUGAGAGAUGACGAUCCAAAUGCCCAAAUGACAUUUGAACACAACGUCGCGAGCAUUUCCUUCUCGUGUGUUGAGAUAAAGCACAGCGGCAAAUAUAUUUGCCUCGCUGAGAAUCAGGCCGGACAGCAGAAGUGUGAAGCUAUCAUAACCGUUCAAGAACCUGCCAGGAUCUUAGAAAAAGCAGAAUCCAUCAGUGUGACCGCAGGAGACUCGGCCACUCUGGGCUGCACAGUCUCUGGAAGCCCAGAGCUCAAAGUGAAAUGGUUUAAAGACGGGAAGGAGAUGAUCAGUGGACGCAAAUAUAAGAUGACAGUGAAGGAGAACACUGCCAUCUUAAAGAUCCUCAGCGCAGAUAAAGGAGACACUUCAGAGUACAGGAUGGAAGUGUCCAAUAAAGUGGGAAAAGACCAGUGUACCUGCUCCGUCACUGUUAUAGAUCGAGCAGUUCCACCGUCCUUCACCAAAAGUCUAAAGAAAGUGGAUGGAAGUGUUGAUAGUAAUGUUACCUUGGAAUGCAGGGUUUCUGGCUCUCAGCCGAUGGUUGUGUCUUGGUACAAAGACAAUAAAGAAAUCCACAGUGAUGACAAACACAAGCUGGAUUUCAGUGAGAGCACGGCCUCUGUGAUGAUAACUGGCCUGACGCUCAGUGAUGGUGGAGUUUAUACCUGUCGAGCCUCUAACGAUGCUGGGGUCAAAGAGACCAGCGGCACCUUGUCCAUCAAAGAACCUCCGGUCUUCACGGUGAAACCUGAGUCCCAGGACGCUGCACCGGGAUCAAAUGUUGUCCUAAAAUCAGCCUUUACAGGAUCAGCUCCUCUGGUGGUGAAGUGGUUCAGAGAGGAGAAAGAGGUUUUCACUGGGGGGAAAUGUUUCAUAACGAAAGGCGCCUCUUCAAGCUCCUUAGAGCUCCACUCAUUGAAACCCAGUGAUUCUGCUAAAUACACAUGCCAAGUGUCCAACGACGCUGGGAAGGUGGAUUGCACCGCAUUGCUCUUUGUGAAAGAAGCCCCAACAUUUACAAUGAAGCUGGAGCCUUCACAGCUGCUGAAAACUGGACAGCCUCUGAAGCUGUCGUGCAAAGUGCAGGGCAGCCCCGUGAUUAUCAUCACAUGGUUUAAAAGUGGCUCAGAGAUCGUUUCAGACCACAAACACUCGAUGUCCUUUGACGGCUCGAUAGCCACGCUGGAGGUAGAGACCUGCUCUGUGGAGGACAGUGGAGAUUACGUCUGUGAGGCGUCCAGCGAGGCCGGCGCAGACCGGUGCAGCAGCUCAGUUGAGGUCAAAGAGCCUCCAGUGUUUGUGAGGCCGUUUGAAUCGGCUGAGCUCGUGAAGGGAUCCGAUAUCAUCUUGGAAGGAACCGUUUCAGGUUCCAGUCCUUUUGAAAUCAGUUGUUUCCUCAAUGACAAUUUGAUCCGAAACGACAAAAGGCAUAAAAUCAGCGUCCAAAACAACACAGUCACUCUUCAGAUCUCAGGCUGUGUGUCCGGAGACGCUGGGACGUAUCAGUGCACCGUCACCAAUAAUGUUGGGGAGACGUCUUGUUUUUUCCAGAUUUCACUCAAAGAACCACCAACAUUUGUCCAGAGACUUGAGGACAUGUCCUGCACACUGGGCUCUGAAAUUACUCUGAAGUGCAUGUUGUCUGGAUCACUUCCCAUGACUUUCUGCUGGAUCAAGGAUGAUCGCGAGCUCACAGAAGACGAGCAUGUUAAGAUGUCCUUUGAAACCAAAAGUGCCAUGUUGAAUUUGAAAAAUGCUCAGUUGUCACAUGGCGGGAAAUAUAUCUGUCAGGCACAGAACAAAGCCGGGACUCAGAGAUGUGCCGCUGUGCUGGUAGUCACAGAACGUAAAGUCCCUCCAAACUUCACCAAGAAGCCCUCUGAGUCCAUGGUGGAUUCAGUGGGUAAGACGGUGAAGAUGGAGGGCCGGGUGUCCGGCUCCCAGCCGCUCAACGUCACGUGGUACAAGGACAACAAUGAAAUCUAUGCCUCUGACAAAUAUGACAUCAGCUUCAAGAAUAACGUUGCUGUGCUGAGUGUCAGAGAGUCCACCGGCUCUGACGGGGGUAGUUACACCUGUGAGGCCUCCAACGAAGCUGGCAAAGCUUCCUGUCGGGUUUCCCUCACCAUCGCAGAAUCUGGAAAAGCUCCCAAAUUUGACGUUUGCUUGGAGCCUGUGACGGUCAGCGAGGGCGAGAAGCUGAGCCUCAAAUGCCACGUCAGUGGUUCUCCUCCGCUGACCAUCCAGUGGAUGAAGGACAGGAGGGAGCUGAAGUCCAGUGGAAACACCAGAGUCACGUUUGUUGGUGGGACGGCCUGUCUGGAGCUCAGCCCUGUCUCGAAGGCUGACGCAGGAGAUUAUCUGUGCAAGGCCAGCAACGCUAGCGGUAGUGACUUCUGCAAGUCCAAGGUCACUGUGCAAGACAAAGGAACCAAGGCCGCCGCCCCGACUGAGGCUGCCGGUGCUGCCGUUAAAAGACUUGACAACCUGUUCUUCGUCGAGGAACCCAAAAAUGUUUCUGUCACAGAGAAGGGCACCGCAACCUUCAUCGCCAAGAUCGGGGGCGACCCGAUCCCGAGUGUGAAGUGGAUGAAGGGCAAAUGGAGGCAGAUCACUCCCGGUGGUCGUAUCUCCAUCGAGCAGAAGGGCCAGGACACCAAGCUGGAGAUCAGAGAGGUCACCAAGUCGGACGCCGGUCACUACAGGUGUGUCGCCACCAACAAGCACGGAGAGAUCGAGUCCAGCGCCGAGAUGGAGGUCUCCAAGAAGGAGGAGGAGGGAGGACUCGGAGACCUGAGGACCAGGCUGAAGAAAACUCCCUCCAAGCAGAAGAGCCCCAAGAAAGACCAAGAGGUCAACAUAGUGGAGAUGCUGAGAGGUCACGACCCCAAAGACUAUGAGAAGAUCCUGAACGAACACGGAAUCCAUGACUUCCGAGCAAUUCUGCAGGCCAUCGAGUUCCUGAAGAGGGAGAAGGAGAUUGAGACGGGAAAAGUGGAGGUGGAGCACGGUGGUCGGGUUGAGGAGGAGGACAUGGCCCGACUCAUCCAGCAGCUGGAGGGACGCGUUGGCACAGAGCCCGUCUCUGUGAUGGAGGACAUCACGGACCAGACGGCGACAGAGAAACAGAGCGCCUCCUUCGAGUGCCACAUCAGGAUCAACUACCCGGAGAUCACGCUGACCUGGUACAAGGGAACACAGAAACUGGACAACAGUGACAAGUACGACAUCGGCAGCGUGGGCGACUGCCACUAUCUGAAGAUCAACAACUGCCAGAGCAAAGAUCAGGGCAACUACCGCGUGGUGUGUGGUCCUCACAUCUCCAACGCCAAACUCACUGUCUCAGAAGAGAGAAAACCUGUAGAAGAAGUUGUUGAGAGGACUCAGUUCCAGACAGCAGAAGAAAUCCCUGAAGUGGCUGAGGUUUACAGGAGAGCAGAGGAGAAAGAGUCUGCAGCUCCGCCUCCAGCUCCACUCGAAGUAUCUGAAGUAAAGAAGCUGCAGCCUGUCGCUGUCACUCGGAUGGAGGAAGCUCCAGCACCUGAAGUAUACACCAAACCAGAACCAGAGACAGUUCACACAAAGACAGCUCCUGAACCCUAUCAAACCAAGACCACGACAGCCAAACCAGAACUUGUUUCUACUGAGCCCAAACUGAUGGUGCAGAAACCAGCGGCACCUGAGCCCAAAGUGGCCAAAAUGAAGCCUGAACCAGAAGCACAGAAAGUGGAACCUGUGAAGAAAACAGCAGAAGCUCCUGCAGCCAGAGUACCAGAACCACCAAAGCCUGAAGAACCUGUAGCUCAUCCAACUAAAGCCAAGGUUACUUCUUCAACACCGGAACGUCCUCUGGCUCAAGGUAUACAAGAAGCAUCCAAACCAGUGGGAGCCAAAGUUCAACCACCUGCACCAAAGGUUACUCCACCCAAGGCGGAGGCUGUUCACGCUGAAGUUGUCUCAGAACCAAAGACUCCUGACACAAGAAAACUGCUGGCUGGUAAACCUGAGCCAGAAGUCCCGUUGUGUGUUCCUGAAACAAAACCAGAGGAACAGAAGGUUCUUGAAGAAACAAAGAGGUCAGCACAGCUGCCAAAGAAGGUUCCAGAAGAACCUCAACAGGUUGACAAAGAAACAAAGAUGGUUCCUGAAAUCCCAAAGAAAAUUCCAGAAACAUCUAAGUUAGUCCCAGAAAUUCAAAAGAAGUUUCCAGAAGAACCCAAACAGGUUGUGGUAGAAGCAAAGAGGGUUCCUGAAGCCCCAAAGAAAAUUCCUGAAACACCUAAGAUAGUUCCAGUGGUACCAAAGAAGGUUCCUGAAGAACCUAAAAAUAUUGAAAUUAAAGAAAUUAAUCGGGUUCCUGAGGCUUCAAAAAAAGUUCUAGACACAUCAAAACUUGUUCCGGUGGCACCCAAGAAGGUUCCAGAAGAACCAACGAAGACUCCAGAGGCACACAAAAUGGUUACACCUCGACCAGCAGAGCUAGAGAAAUGUCCUGAAGUUCCACAGUUGGUAACAGAGGAACCAGUGACGCACCACGAAGAACCAACUCCAAAACAAAUUCCUCAGGCUAAAAAGCCUCGGCAACAAGUUUCUCUCCCAGAGGAGAAGAAACCAACUGUACCAACACCAAAGCCUUCUCCUCCUGCUUCUCCUGCUCCAACUCAGAAAGUUGCUCCUCCUGCAGUAUCUCGUCCGGAGGAGAAGAAGCCCUCAGCACCAGCACUCAAACCUUCAUCUCCUUCUCCUGCUCCUGCAGAGAGAGUCGCUCACCCUGCAGUGUCUCCUCCAGUGGAUAAGAAACCAUCUGCACCGGUAGCAAAGCCUUCAGCUCCUGCUUCUCCUGCAGCCAAAGCUCCUCCUCCUGCAGUGUCUCCUCCAGAAGAAAAGAAACCAUCUCCAGCGACAUCAAAGCCUUCAGCAGAAAAAGUCAUUACUCCUGCAGCUCAAGUUGCACCGGUGGAGAAGAAACCAUCUCCUCCAGCCGUCACGUCCGAACCCUCCCGUGUGUCGGAGGAAAUUUCUCCACCCGAAGACAAGGGACCGGUUUCAGCACCUGGACCGACUAAAGAUGGAAAACCAUCAGAGGAGCCGCCGAAGGGCCGAGGCCGAGGAUUCGGGGCAAGACAAACACCAUCACCUGGAGACGGUGGCCGAGGUCGUGGCCUGAGGCCAGGUGGAAAAGGUCCAUCGCCUCCGGAGGAUCCCUUCGGAGGGUUCAAGCUGAAAGCCGUCCCACUGAAGUUUACCAAGAAGAUUCAGGACAUCGUGUUGCAGGAGGCCGAGUCCAUCGGUUCAUCUGCUGUGUUUGAGUGUGAGGUCUCACCUUCCACUGCCAUCACCUCAUGGAUGAAAGAUGGCUGCAACCUGCGUGAGGACCCCAAGCACAAGUUCACGUCUGAUGGAAAAGAUCGCAAGUUGGCCAUUAUUGACGUCCAGCUGUCCGACACUGGUGAAUAUACCUGUGUGGCCAAGAACGCUGGCAAGGAAGUUACGUGUACGGCCAAGCUCAUUGUUGAAGAGCUGCCGGUCAAAUGGUUGAAAGAGCUGGAACCAGAGACGUCGUGUAUGAAGAGUCAGCCCAUGUACCUGACCUGUGAGCUGAACAAGGAGAGAGACGUGAUCUGGAAGCGAAACGGCGCACUCCUGAAAAAACAGGCUGGAAAAGUGGCCAUCAACAUCAUCGGUAUGCAGCACGCUGUGACCAUUCAGAAUGCCACCGACGAAGACUCCGGCGCCUACACGUGUGAGGUGGACGGACAGGAGGACAUCAAGACCACGACAAAUGUCAAAGUGAUCGAAAUCAUCAAAGACUGGCUGGUGAAACCUCUGAGGGAUCAGCACGUCAAACCAAAGUCCAAGGCCACGUUCAAGUGUGAGCUGUUCAAGGACACUCCCAACUGGAAGUGGUUCAAGGGAGAAGAGGAGCUUCCACCUUCUGACAAGGUCGAGAUCAACAAAGACGGAAAGGACGUGACGCUGAGCAUCAACAACUGCCAACCAGAGGACGUGUCGGACUACACCAUCCAGGUGGAGGAUCGCAGAUACACUGCCAAGCUCACACUGGGAGAGCGUGAGGCUGAGAUCCUGAAGCCUCUGUCCAGCGUGGAGGUGGUCGAGAAGGAAGAGGCCAACUUUGAUACUGAAAUAUCUGAGGAUGACGUGGCCGGUGAAUGGAAGCUGAGAGGCCAAGUGUUGACCAGAACCCCGACCUGUGACAUCAAAGCUGAGGGCAGGAAACGUUUCCUCACGCUGAAGAGCGUCAAGCUGGACCAGGCAGGCGAGGUGUCGUACCAGGCUCUGAACGCCGUCACCAGCGCCAUGCUCACCGUCAAAGAGGGCGACGCCGUCUUCGUGGUGAAGUUGCAGGACUACACGGCCACAGAGAAAGACGAAGUGACUCUGGACUGUGAGCUGAGCAAAGAUGUCCCCGUCGUCUGGUAUCACGACGAGAAGGAGAUCGUCGCCUCCAAGACGGUGGUCAUGAGGUCGGAGGCGACUCGCAGGUCUCUGGUCCUGAAGAAAGUGCAGCAGAGCGAAAAAGGGAAAUACGUAUGUGACUGUGGGACGGACAAGACCUCAGCCAACAUCAACAUCGAAGCUCGUGACAUCAAGGUGGUUCGGCCGGUUUACGGCGUGGAGCUGUUCGACGGAGAGACGGCUCGUUUCGAGGUGGAGAUCUCUGAGGACGACGUCCACGGCCAGUGGAAACUGAACGGAGAAGUUCUCAGUCCUUCCUCCGACAUCGACAUCAUUGAGGAGGGAGGCAAACACACUCUGAUCCUGUACAACUGCAGAGUCUCCAUGACGGGCGAGGUGGUGUACACCGCCGCCAACGCCAAAUGUUCUGCCAACCUGAAGGUCAAAGAACUUCCUCUGAACUUCCUGGCGCCGCUGAACGACGUCCAGGUCUACGAGAAGGACCAGGCGAGGUUCGAGGUGGAGGUGUCGAGGGUGCCCAAGAGCUUCCGCUGGCUGAAGGGCUCACAGGAGCUGCAGAGUGAUGACAAGUACGAGAUGACGCAGGAGGGAAACAUGUACGUUCUGUCGAUCCGGUCGGCCGCGUACGACGACGAGGCCAAGUACAUGUUCGAGGCUGAGGACAAGAGGACGACUGGCAAACUGGCCAUUCAGGGUAUUCGUCUGGAGUUUGUCAAACCGAUCAAGGACGUGACGGUGAAGGAGCGUGAAACGGCCGAGUUCAGUUUCGAACUCUCCCACGACAAGAUCUCCGUGGCCUGGUACAAGAACGACGUCCGUCUGCUCCCCAGCAAGGUGGUGCACAUGUCGGAUCAGGGCAAGAUCCACACGCUGGCCUUCAAGGAGGUCACCAUCGACGACACGUCCAUGAUCAAAGUGGAGGCCAUGGACAAGACUGUGACCGCCAUGCUCACUGUCAUAGAGGGCGACUUGUAUUUCACCACCAAGCUGCAGAACUACACGGCCGUGGAGAAGGACGAGGUGAAGCUGGUCUGCGAGCUGAGCAAGGCCGUCGCCGACGUCAAGUGGUUCAAGGACGGGAAGGAGAUCACUCCGUCCAAAAACAUGGCCAUCAGCACCGACGGGAAGAAACGCAUCCUGUCUGUCAAGAAGGCGGAGAAGGCGAACAUCGGGGCGUACACCUGCGACUGCGGCUCCGACAAAACCACCGCAAACCUCAACAUCGAAGAGCGCGACAUCAAGGUGGUCCGUCCGCUGUACAGUGUCGAAAUCACGGAGACGGAGACGGCCAAGUUCGAGACGGAGAUUUCAGAGGAAGACGUCCACGGGAGCUGGAAGCUGAGGGGAGAUGCUCUGCACCAGUCGCCGGACGUUGAGAUCAAAGAGGAUGGAACGCGACACAUGCUGAUCCUGUACAAUGUCCGUAUGGACAUGGCAGGAGGCGUCGACUUCUCCGCUGCCAACGCCAAGUCCAACGCUCAGCUUCGAGUGAAAGCGCGCUCCAUCGGCCUGAUGCGUCCUCUGAGCGACGUGACGGUGACGGCCGGAGAGACGGCGACCUUCGAGUGCGAGCUGUCGUACGAAGGCAUCGAGGUGCAGUGGUUCCUGGGAGGACAGAAGAUGGAGGCCAGCGACCGGGUGAAGACUCGUGUGGCGGGUCGAGUUCACGCUUUGACCAUCAGAGACGUGAAGCUGUCGGAAGCCGCCGAGGUCAAACUGACCUCGACAGACUUCCAGACUCUGGCUCAGCUCAUCGUCAACGAGCCGGCGGUGGAGUUCACGAAGCCUCUGGAGGACCAGACGGUGGAGGAAGAGGCCGUCGCCACGCUGGAGUGUGAAGUGUCCAGAGAGAACGCGGAGGUGCAGUGGUUCAGAGAGGGACAGGAGAUCAGAAAGACCAAGAAGUUUGACCUGAUCGUCGACGGCUGCAAGAGGGCGCUGGUCAUCCACGACUGCUCCCCGGACGACGCCAAGAUGUACACGUGUGACGCCAAGGAGUUCAAGACUUCCUGUUUCCUGGAGGUCACACCUCCUCUUGUCGAGUUCACGAAGCCGCUGCAGGAUGUGGAGAUCAGAGAGAAAGAAUCUGCCAAGUUUGAAUGUGAAGUGUCCCGCGAGUCGGCCAAGGUCCGAUGGUUCAAAGACGGCAGCGAGAUCAGGAAAGGAAAGAAGUACGAGAUCAUCGCUAAGGGAGUUCAGAGGAUCCUCGUCGUCCACAAGUCUGUGUUCGACGACGAGGCCGAGUACGAGUGUGACGCCAGAACCUCCAAGACCUCGGGCCUACUCACCGUCAUCGAGGAGGCAGCCAGGUUCACCAAGAACCUGUCCAACGUGGAGGGGACAGAGACGGACAGCGUGAAGAUGAUCUGCGAGGUGUCGAAGGCUGGCGCUGACGUCACCUGGUACCGGGGCGACGAGGAGCUGCCGGAGGGCGGUCGCUACGAGCAGAUCAUGGACGGACGCAAGAGGAUCCUGAUCAUCCAGGACCUGCAGAUGGAGGACGCCGGCGAGUUCAACUGCCGACUGAGUCCCGCUGUCAAGACGUCGGCCACGCUCAAACUCAACGAACUGGCGGCUGAGUUCAUCGCCCGUCCUCAGAGCCAAGAAGUGGUGGAGGGUGAGAAAGCUGAGUUUGCCUGUUCCGUCUCGAAGGAAACGUACGAGGUGAAGUGGUUCAGAGGAGGCAAAGAGGUGGAGGCCGGAGACAAGUUCACCAUCAUCAGUGAAGGAAAGAGACGGGCUCUUAUUGUGAAGAACUGUGAGCUGAAGGACGAGGGAGGAUACGUCGCUCACAUUGGAGACGUUAAAGCCUCGGCUGAUCUGUGUGUGAUCGAGAAACUGAGGAUCGUCACACCGAUCAAAGACACGGAGGUGAAGGAAGGAAGUGAGAUUGUGUUCAACUGCGAGACGAACGCAGAGGGAGCGAAGGCCAAGUGGCUGAAGAACGAGGAGACAAUAUUCGAGAGCAGCAAGUACGUGAUGGCUCAGAGGGACAACGUCUUCUCUCUGAGGAUCCGGGAGGCGCAGAAAUCCGACGAGGCCAACUACACCAUAAGCCUGACCAAUCACAGAGCAGAGCAGGCCAAGUCCACCGCCAGCGCCAAAGUUGCAGAGGAGAAGCUGAAGUUCAUGGAGCCGAUCGAGGACGUGGAAACCCAGGAGAAGAAAACCAUCAGCUUCUCCUGCAAGGUGAACCGCCCCGAGGUGACGGUGAGGUGGAUGAAGGCCGGCCAGGAGCUGACGUUCAGCAAGCGCAUCAACUACAGAGCCGACGGACUCAAACACACGCUGACCGUCAAGGACUGCGUCAUGGACGACGAGGGCGAGUACACGGCCGUGGUCGGAGACGACAAGUGCGCGGCGGAGCUGAUCAUCAGCGAGGCGCCGACGGACUUCGUGGCGCAGCUCAGAGACCAGACCAUCACCGAGUUCGAGGACGCCGAGUUCACCUGCAAGCUGAGCAAGGAGAAGGCGACCGUCAAGUGGUACAGGAACGGACGAGAGAUCAGAGAAGGACCCAGAUAUCACAUGGCGAAGGAAGGGAACGUGUGCAGACUGACCAUCAAGGUGUGCAGACCUGAUGACGAAUGUGAAUAUGCUUGUGGCAUAGACGAGAGAAGAACCAGAGCAAGACUCUUCGUGGAAGAGACCCCGGUGGAGAUCGUCAGACCACCUCAGGACGCGUUCGAACCCCCGGGCUCGGACAUCGUGUUCGAGGUGGAGAUCAACAAGGACCGAGUGGAGGUGAAGUGGAUGAGGAACAACAUGAUCAUCGUCCAGGGAGACAAGUACCAGAUGAUCAGCGAAGGUAAAGUCCACAGACUGCAGGUCUGUGAGAUCCGACCCCGAGACCAGGGAGAGUACAGGAUCGUGGCCAAAGACAAGGACGCCAGGGCCAAGCUGGAGCUGUCAGCCGUUCCCAAGAUCAAAACCACCGACCAGAACCUGGUGACAGACGCCGGUAAGCCCUUCGUCAUGAGCGUGCCCUACGACGCCUACCCUCGUGCCGAUGCCGAGUGGUUCUUCGAGGGCACCAGUCUGCCCGUCCAGAACAUCGACACCUCUGCCGAAAAGACAGAGUACCGUCUGAAGUGCCCAAGCAAGGACGACCGGGGCCGGUACAGAGUGGUCGUCAGGAACAAGCAUGGUGAAGGAGAAGCGUUCAUCAACCUGGACGUGAUCGACGUCCCCGGACCCGUGAAGAACCUGAGAGUGGUGGACACUUCGGACGGUGAGGUCAGUCUGGCCUGGGAGGAGCCCGAGAGCGAUGGUGGAAGCAAGAUCGUAGCUUACAUAGUGGAAAGACGCGACAUCAAGCGUAAGACCUGGACUCAGGCAACGGACCGUUCCGACGCUCCAGAAUACUGCGUCAGCGGCCUCCAGAAGGACUCCAUGUACCUGUUCAGGGUCUGUGCCCGGAACAGAGUCGGCAGUGGACCCAUGGUCGCCACCGAGGACGCGGUCCGAGCCAAGAGCAAGUUUGACGUUCCCGACGCUCCAGAAAACGUGGCAGUCGCCAGUGUGAACAAGUUCGGUGCCACCAUCAACUGGGAGUCUCCUAAGUUUGACGGCGGCUCCGAGAUCAGCGCCUACGUGAUCGAGCUCCGUGACAGGACGUCUGUGAAGUGGGAGGCGGCCAUGGUCUGCGGUUCCAGCGACCGCUCGGCCAUGUUGAAUGACGUGGUGGAAAACAAGGAGUACAUCUUCAGAGUCCGCGCCGAGAACAAGGCCGGCGUCGGCAGGCCAAGUGCGGCCACGAAGCCCGUCAAGAUCAUGGAUCCCAUCGAGAGGCCGAGCCCACCGCUGAACCUGAACUACAGCGACCAGAUCAGUUCUGCAGUCACGCUGACCUGGGAGACGCCCGCCAGCAACGGCGGCAGCAUGAUCACUGGCUACAUCAUCCAGAAGUGUGACGACGGCACCAACAAGUGGCUCCGCUGCAACGCCCGGCUGUGUCCGGACCUCUCCUACCGGCUGUCUGGGUUGAAACCGGGUCAGAAGUACCUCUACAGAGUUUGUGCUGAGAACGCCGCCGGCGUCUCGGAUCCCGCCGAGCAGCUCGGACCGCUGCUCGCUGACGACCCUCACGUCGGCCCGACCUUUGACCUGAGCGCCUUCAGGAAAGGCCUGGAGGUCAUCGUCCCUCAGCCCCUCACCAUCAGGGUCCCAAUCACCGGGUACCCGACCCCCGUCCCCAAGUGGACCUUCGGAGAAAAGGAGCUGACCACGGCGGACGAGCGCGUCUCCAUGGUAACGAAGCCCACGUACACGGAGCUGAUGGUGAUGCCGAGCGUCCGUCCGGACAAAGGCAUCUACAGCCUGCAGCUGGAGAAUGACGUCUCCUCCGUGUCCGGGGACAUCGAGGUCAACGUCAUCGCAUGCCCCAGUGCUCCCAAGGACUUCAAGGUGGCCGAGGUGACCCGACAGCAUGUCCACCUGAUGUGGGAGGUGCCGGAGCACGACGGAGGAAGUCCGGUCAGCCACUAUCAGAUCGAGAAGAGAGAAGUGUCCCGCAAGACCUGGGCCAAGGUGGCUGGUGGCGUCCUGGACCUGGAACACACUGUGACAGACGUGAUCGAAGGGAAGGAAUAUCUGUUCAGUGUCAUCGCCUGCAACAAGUGUGGCCCUGGAGAGCCGGCGUACAUCGACGAGCCCGUUAACGUCUCCUCACCUGCCACUGUACCUGAUCCUCCCGAGAACCUGAAGUGGCGCGACAAGACAGCCAAGACCAUCUUCCUGUCCUGGGAGCCUCCAAAGUACGACGGCGGUGCCCACAUCAAAGGCUACGUGGUGGACAAGUGUCAGCGUGGCACCGACAAGUGGGAACCCUGCGGCGAGCCCAUCCCCGAACUCAAGUUCCAGGUGACCGGCCUGAUCGAGGGUCAGUGGUACGCCUACAGAAUCAGAGCUUUCAACAAGCUGGGAGCCAGUCGACCCUGCAGGGCCACUGACGAGAUCCAGGCUGUGGACGCUAAAGAACCGCCAGAGAUCCAGCUGGACGUGAAGUUGCUGGCCGGUCUGACCGCCAGGGCCGGGACCAAGAUCGAGCUUCCUGCAGAUGUCAAAGGAAAGCCCGAUCCCCGCAUUAAGUGGACCAAGGCCGACCUGGUCCUGCGGGCCGACAACCGCAUCACCAUCGACACCCAGCCGGGACACUCCAAGCUCUCCAUCGCCGACACCACCAGAGGAGACACUGCCACCUACAUCAUCGAGGCAGUCAACACCUGUGGACGCGCCACCGCCACCAUCGACGUGAACAUCCUGGAUAAACCUGGACCUCCGGCUGCCUUCGAUAUCUCUGAGAUCACCAACGAAUCCUGCGUCAUGGCCUGGAACCCUCCCAGAGAUGAUGGCGGCUCAGCCAUCACCAACUACAUCGUAGAGAGUCGUCUGACAGAUAAAGAGGAGUGGGUCAAACUGUCGGCAACGGUGAAAUACACCACCUUCAAUGCCUGCAAGCUCACCGCGAUGAAGGAGUACGUCUUCAGGGUCAGUGCUGAGAACCAGUAUGGAAUCGGUGCACCUGCAGAGCACGUACCGAUCAUUGCAAAGUAUUCCUUUGAUCCUCCCGGUGCUCCGACCAGAGUCACUCCCUCUGACGUCACCAAGGACGCUGUGACUCUGACCUGGUUCGAGCCAGACGAGGACGGCGGCAGUCCAAUCACUGGGUACUGGAUUGAGAAGUUCGAUCAAGAGAACGACAAGUGGAUCAGAUGCAACAAACUGCCCAUCAAGGACACGACAUUUAGGGUGAAGGGACUCGCCACCAAGAAGAAGUACCGCUUCCGUGUUCUGGCUGAGAAUCUGGCUGGACCUGGAAAACCGAGUGUCGAGACCGAUCCUGUCCUCAUCAAAGACCCCAUUGAUCCACCAUGGGCUCCUGGCAAACCUUUCAUCAGGGAAAUUGGCAAGACCACUGCCCUGCUGGCGUGGACCCGACCGGAGCACGACGGGGGCGCUAAGAUCGAAGGCUACAUCAUUGAGUUCCAGAAGACUGGAAGUGAGGAAUGGAUCCAGAUCGCAGAAGACGUUCCUCAGACCGAGCACCAGUUGCAGGGUCUGAUGGAGAAACAGGAGUACUCUUUCAGAGUCAAGGCCGUCAACAAGGCCGGCGAGAGCGAACCGAGCGAGCCCAGUGACCCCGUGGUCUGCAAGGAGAGACUCUACCCUCCGUCAGCUCCUCAGUGGCUGGAGGUGACCAACAUCACCAAGGUCAGCGCUGACCUGAAGUGGCAGGCGCCCAGCAGCGACGGAGGCUCCCCCAUCACAAACUACGUGGUUGAGAAGAGGGAUGUAAGGCGGAAGGCCUGGCAGGCGGUCGACACCACGGUCAAGGAGCUCAAGUACACCGUGACUCCUCUCAACGAGGGCUCGCUGUAUGUGUUCCGCGUUGCUGCUGAGAACGCCGUCGGGACAAGUGAAUUCUGUGAAAUGGAGGAUGCUGUGCUCGCCAAGGACACCUUCACCACUCCUGGACCUCCUUAUGCCCUGACAGUGGUGGAGGUCUCCAAGAGACAUGUGGAGCUGAAAUGGGAAGCUCCCAAGAGCAAUGGUGGAAGACCCAUAACCAAGUACGUGAUUGAGAAGAAAGAGAAGGUGGGAACUCGUUGGUUGAAAUGCUGCAAGACUCCAGACAAACAGACACAGUUCAAGGUGACGGAUGUGGACGAAGGGUCAGAGGUUCAGUUCCAGGUCAGAGCUGAGAACGAGGCCGGAGUUGGAGAUCCGAGCGAACCCACCAUGGUCCUAACGAUCGAGGAUCCAACCAGUGCUCCAUCUCCUCCUCUCGAGGUGACUGUGCCCGACGCCAGCAGGGUGCACAUCAACGUUUCCUGGAAGCCUCCAGUGAAGGACGGCGGCUGCCCGAUCACCGGUUACCACGUGGAGGUGGCAGAGGCCCGUCCGGAACUGAAAUGGCUCCGGGUCAACAACAGACCCAUCAAAGAGCUCAACUUCAGGAUCGACGAUGGAAUCAAACCAGAGAAGAAGUACGUCAUCCGAGUUCGUGCCAUCAACUCCAUUGGCGUCAGCGAUCCAUCCGAAAUCUCUGACAAGGUCUUCACCAAAGAUCCAGACUGUGCUCCCAUUAUGGAUUUGGAGGCACAGGACGUGGUUGUGGUGGAGGGCGAGAAGCUGCACCUGAACAUCCCCUACAGGGCGAUCCCAACGCCCAAAAUGGUGUGGCAGAAGGACACGGUGGAGUGUAAGGCCGACGACCGACUCUCCAUGACCGUGGAGAUGAACAGCGCUCACCUGGAGCUACUCAAGUGCACACGUGCUGAUGCCAGCACAUACACCAUCACCCUGGAGAACAGCCUGGGAGCCGCCACCGGAACCGUCAACGUCAAAGUCAUCGGACUCCCUGGUCAGUGUAAAGACAUCACCUCCAGCGACGUCACUAAGAACUCCUGCAAGAUCAGUUGGGAAGCCCCUGAGGAUGACGGCAACACCCCCAUCGUCAGCUACACUCUGGAGCGCCGCGAGGUCUCCAAGAAGACAUACAUGCCUGUAAUGUCCGGGGAGAAUGUCCUGACUUCCACUGUCAAAGACCUGUUCAUCAACUGUGAGUACUACUUCAGGGUGAAGGCCGUCAACAAGGUCGGAGCUGGAGAAUAUCUGGAGCUACGCAACCCGGUCCGCACUGAGGAAAUCAAACAGAAACCAGACCCCCCCCUCCAGGUGGAAGCUCAAGACCCAACAUCCAAGUCCAUCACAGUAACAUGGAAGGCUCCAGACUACGACGGUGGCUGCCCCAUCCAGGGCUACAUCGUGGAGAAGAUCGAGAAGGACGGUGACCGCUACGAGAGGGUCACACCGAGCUUGGUUCCUGGUCUGUCCCACGUGGUGAUGGGCCUGAAGGAGGACGUGGAGUAUCAGUUCAGGGUCCGAGCUGAGAACGCUGCUGGAGUCAGCGAGCCCUCACGCAGCACGCAGCUCGUCAAGGCCGCCGACCCCGUCGAUAAACCCAAAGUCACGCUCCAUACCCAUGUGCAGUCCGGUCUGUGCAUUAAGAAGGGUGAGGAGAUUCGUAUUGACGCCUACAUCUCUGGGUCCCCAUACCCCAAAGUCACCUGGCUGAGGAACGACGAGGACAUCACCAAAGAGCCGACCAAGAAGAUUGUUCCUUUGGUCAAGAAGAAGAAGACCAAGUCCAAGGUUCCAGAAGCGGAGGAGGUCUUUGUGACUCCGAUGCGUGAGCGUCUGGGUCUGGAUCAGACCAAGAAGGGACAGUCUGCGCUGAUGAUCCGCGAGGCAAUCAGAGUCGACCACGGAAACUUCACUAUCAAGGUGGAGAACACUCACGGCGUCGCCACGGCUUCCUGCUUCGUCAACGUCCUUGACAAACCCGGAGUUCCGAUCAACUUCACUUUCGACGACAUCAGAAACACGUCAGUCAUCUGUAACUGGGAGGCUCCGGAGGACGACGGCGGCAGUGAGAUCCUGAACUACAUCCUGGAGAAGAAGGACAACAAGAACGACGGGGUCGACUGGAUCACCGUCACCUCCACCCUGAAGGGCACCACCUGCCCCAUCACCAAACUCAUCGAGGGGAAGGAGUACAUCUUCAGAGUCACUGCCGAGAACAAGUUCGGCUGCGGGCCGCCGUGCGUCUCCGAGCCACUGGUCGCCAAGAACCAGUUCAAUCCUCCCGACGCUCCCAACACCCCCAGAGUCCACGAGGUAACGGCGAGCACCGCCCGGAUCUCCUGGCACGAGCCAAAGGACAACGGCAGCCCGAUCCUGGGCUACUGGAUCGAGAGGAAGGAGGUGAACAGCAAACACUGGACCCGAGUGAACCGAGUGCUCCUCAACUCCCUGGAGGUGAAGGUCAGCGGCCUGAUGGAGGGGCUCACCUACAUCUUCAGGGUGUGCGCUGAGAACCUGGCCGGACCCGGACCCUUCAGCGAGCCCUCCGAGCGCACGCUCACCAUGGACGCCAUCCUGCCCCCUGGCCCCCCCAGUCCAAGGAUCGUGGACACUGGGAAGGACUCUGUCAUUGUGGCCUGGAAGCCCCCACUGUACAACGGUGGAGGAGACAUCCUGGGAUACCACGUUGAGAAGGUUCUGGCCGGAGAGAAGGACUGGACCCGGAGCACAGAGUACAGGUGUAAAGAUCUGACGUACACUGUGACGGGCCUGACGGAGGGAGCAGAUUAUUACAUCAGAGUCGUUGCCGUCAACGACGCCGGUCCCGGUGCUCCUGGAGUUACCGAACCCGUCACUGUCAAAGACCCUGAAGAACCUCCCGCUGUGGACUUUGACGACUCCGUGAAGAACGGCGUCUUCAUCAAGGCUGGUGAGCCUCUAAAGCUUCCUGCCAUAGUGACGGGCCGACCCCAGCCAGAGAUCAAGUGGGCCAAGGAUGAGGCCGAAGUCGACAAAGAGAGAAUAAUCGUGGAGACGGAGGGCAAGAACAGCACUCUGUUCAUCAAGAAGGCCAUCAGGGCGGAUCACGGGAAGUACCAGAUCUCUGGCACCAACAGCAGCGGGACCAAGAUCGCUGAGACCAGAGUGGACGUCAUGGACGUCCCUGGACCGGUGGUUGACCUGAAGACAGUCCUGGUAACCAAAAAGAACAUCAUCCUCACCUGGUCCGACCCCUUAGACAACGGCGGCAGCGACAUCUUUGGCUACGAGGUGCUGAGGAAAGAUACCAAGAUGAAACUUUUCCGCCAGCCCAUCGAGACGGCGUCCUGUAAGUGUGACGUCCAGGGCCUGCUUGCCGGAGAGGAAUACGACUUCAGGGUCAUCGCGAGGAACAAAUACGGUGACGGAGCUCCAGCUGACCUGGGACCGAUCCUGGCCGAGGAUGCUAAAGGUACUCCGUCUGAACCCGUGAAGUUGCACUACACUGACAGAUGUAAGACCGGCAUCACGCUGGCCUGGCAGCCGCCACGCACCGACGGCGGCAGCCCCAUCAGAGGGUACUACGUGGAGAAGAUGAGGUCCGACGGAACCGAGUUCGAAGUGGCCAACCGCAAGAUCUUCACCGAGUGCUGCGGAACCAUCGAGAACCUCUCGGAGAACCAGGAUUACCAGUUCCGUGUCAAAGCUGUGAACGAGGUUGGGGACGGAGAUCCAUCCAAGCCAAUCACGGCCAAGAUUCAGGACGACGAGAUUGCUCCUGUUAUCACAAUCCUGAAGUUCUUCAAGAGGAACACCAUCAUCGUGAAGAAAGGCUCGGCCAUUGACAUCCCAGCGGAGGUGAAGGGACUUCCUCUGCCGACCGUCCAAUGGAUGAAGGACGACGUGGUGAUCGAGAAGCCUGAUGGAGAGAAAAUGACGAUGGAGACUGAGGAGGUUAACCGGACGUCUCUGACGACAAAGAUCGCAAUCCCAGAAACCAUCAGGCAAGACAAGGGCAACUACAAGCUGGUGGCUGAAAACUGCUUUGGCAAAGCUCAGCAUGUCGUCAGUGUUGAGAUCCUUGACCGUCCUCUUCCUCCGAGGAACAUCGUUGUCGCAGAUAUCAAGGCGGACUCGUGCUACCUGACCUGGGACGCACCCGAGGACAACGGUGGCAGCGAGAUCACCAACUACAUCCUGGAGCGCCGAGACGCCAGCAAGAAGAAAUCUGACUUUGAAGUUCUCACCAUCCACCUGAUCGACAGGAGAUACGGGGUCUACAAGCUGGACAUGAACGGUGCAUACCAGUUCAGGAUCAAAGCUGAGAACAAGUAUGGUGUCAGCGACGGCUGCGACUCAGAGAAGGUCCAGCUGAGGGAUCCCUUCGGCCUGCCGGGACCACCGCGUAACCCCAAAAUCAUCGCCGCCACAGCGACCACCAUGACUCUGACCUGGGAUCCUCCUCUGGAGAAUGGCGGCUCCACCAUCCAGGGAUACUGGCUGGAGAAGAGGGAGCGCGGCGCCGUGUACUGGGGUCGCGUCAACCGAGCCCCGGUCACCAAGCCGGCGGUGAAGGGUCUGCAGUACACCGUGCUUAGACUCAUUGAGGGAACCGAGUACCAGUUCAGGAUCGCAGCUUCCAAUGCUGCAGGAAUCGGACCACCCAGCGAGUCCACCGAGUGCCGCUUCACCAUGGACCCGUGCAACCCCCCCAGCUCACCCGGAGCCCCUGAGGUCAAAGACAAGACCAAGAGCAGCAUCACUCUCGGUUGGAGUCCACCGGACAGAGACGGUGGGAGUCCCGUCAAGGGUUACAUCAUCGAGGUCCACGAAGAGGGAUCUCCUGAUUGGAGGAGGGUGAAUCCCAACGACAAGCUGCACCCGUCCACCGAAAUCACCGUCCCCGACCUGAAGGAGGGCAAAAAGUGCAAGUUCAGGAUCUAUGCCGUGAAUGCCGCCGGCAACUCGGAACCCGCCAAGAGUGGUGACAUCUUGGUCCAGGACAUCCUGAUUGAACCGACUGUGAGUCUGGAUCUGAGCGCUCAUGACCUGAUGAACUGCAGAGCGGGAACAAUCAUCAGGAUUCCCGCCACCAUCUCCGGACGACCCGUUCCCAAAGUCACCUGGACCUUCGACGGAACGGCCGAGACGGAGAAGAAGAACGAGCUCCACACGUUGCCCGUCGACUCCGAGAUCCACUCCACUGACACGACCUGGGAGGUCGUGAUCCCAGAGAGCAAACUGAACCACAGCGGCCGAUACAUCAUCAACGCUGAGAGUCCCGCAGGUCACAAGGUCGUAAAAGUCAGAGUCAACGUGCUCGACCUGCCUGGACCCCCCAGAGACCUGAAGGUAAGCGACGUGACGAGGGGAACCUGCAGACUCACCUGGAAAGCCCCCGAGUGUGACGGAGGUGACAGGGUGAAGAGCUACUUCAUCGAGAAGAAGACGGUGGUGGGCAAAGCCUGGACCAAGGUAAACCCAGCUUGUGCUUCUCAGUCUCUCGUGGUUCCAGACCUGAUAGCCGGAGAGGAGUACCUGUUCCGCAUUCGUGCUGAGAACCGCUUCGGGUUCAGCACGUUUGCAGAGACCAGCGAAGGAACCAAAGCCAAAGAUCCCAUCCAUCCUCCCGAUCCUCCGACCAGGUUGAAGAUCCAGAGCGUGAGGAAGGGCACCGUGACUUUGACCUGGAAGGCUCCAAAGAAUGACGGCGGUUCACCUGUGACCCACUACAGCGUCGACCUGCUCUGCUGGGAGGCCAGCAGCGCCCAGAAGGAAUCGUGGAGGAGGUGUAACAGACGAGACGUGGACACCACCAGCUUCAAGGUGGAGGAUCUGACGGAGGGAGACGAGUACGAGUUCAGGGUGGUGGCGUACAACGAGGCUGGAGCAAGCCGACCCUCUUCCACCGUCGGACCCAUCGUCAUCCAGGACCAGACCUGCGCUCCGUCCAUCGAGCUGAAGGAGUUCAUGGAGGCCGAGCAGGGCAGCGACAUCAGCAUCGUGGCCAAGGUCCGAGGCUGUCCGUUCCCCACGCUCACCUGGUACAAAGCUCCGUCCCUCAAGCCCGAUGACAAGAUGGAGGUUCAGUACGACGAGCACAUCAACAAGAUUGUUUCGGACGACAGCUGCACACUGCUCAUCCAGCAGGGCAAACGUCCCGACACCGGCCUCUACACGCUGGUGGCGUCCAACAGCUUCGGCAAGGCCUCGAAGGAAAUGAGGCUCAACGUGCUCGGCCGACCCGGUGCUCCCUCUGCUCCCAUCAAGUUUGAGGAGAUCGGAGCCGAGAGGAUCACGCUCUCCUGGCUGCCGCCGAAGGACGACGGUGGCUCCAAGCUCACAAACUACGUGAUCUGGAGGCGGGUGGUGAGCAGAAACACCUGGGUGAUCGUCACCAGCGAACCCAAAGAGCGGAUCUGGACGGUGGAGAACCUGAUGGAGGGACACGAGUAUGUGUUCCGCAUCAUGGCUCAGAACAAGUACGGAGUCGGAGAGCCGCUGGACAGUACACCUGAGGUCGCCCGCAACAUCUACACCAUCCCUGGUCAGUGUGAGAAGCCGACGGUCACCAACGUAACCAUGGACGCAAUGACGGUGAACUGGGAGGAGCCUGAGGACGACGGCGGGACCCCCAUCACUGGCUACUGGCUGGAGCGUAAAGAGACCACAGGCAAACGCUGGACCCGCGUCACCCGCGACCCCAUCCGUCCAAUGAGCAUGGGCGAGUCGUUCGUGGUGAGCGGACUCAUCGAGGGGUCUCAGUACCUGUUCAGAGUCACCGCCAUCAACGCAGCUGGACCUGGACUCGCCAGCCCCCCCACAGACCCCACCUUUGCCAGAGACCCCAUCUCCCCGCCCUCUCCUCCAACCCCCAAGGUCUCUGAUUGGACAAAGUCUUCUGUCGACCUGGAGUGGAUCCCUCCCCUGAAGGACGGAGGCUCCAAGAUCCUGGGCUACUGGGUGGAGCACAAGGAGGAGGGCACCGAGGCCUGGGUCAAGGUGAAGGAGACUGAAAUCCGCGGCACCCGCUUUGUGAUUGCCGGUCUGAAGACUGGUGGUCAGUACAGAUUCAGGGUCAUCGCCUUCAAUGCUGCUGGUAACGGCGAGCCAGGCGAAGUCCCAGAGGUGCUGGAGAUCAACGACAGAACCAUCGCUCCGGAGGUCGACCUGGACGCCUCGGUGAAGGAGAGGAUGGUGGUCCACGCCGGCGGGGUGAUCCGAAUCAUCGCCUACGUGUCGGGGCAGCCGAGCCCAGAAGUGACCUGGAGCAGAGACGGAGCCGCUCUGCCCUUGGAGGCUAAAGUGGAGACUACAGCCAUCAGCUCGUCUCUGGUCAUCAAACCCUGCACCAGGAAACACCUGGGCGUCUACACGCUGACCGCCAAGAACGCCGGAGGCGAGAAGACAAAGAACGUCACUGUGGAAGUUCUGGAUGUACCCGGGCCCGUUCGUAUCCCAUUCACCGCCGAGAACCUGAGCAGCGACUCCUGUAAACUCAACUGGUUCUUCCCUGAGAACGACGGCGGCUCUCCCAUCAGCAACUACAUCAUUGAGAAGCGCGAAGCCGAGCGAAAGGCCUGGACGCCGCUCUCCUACACCGCCAGCAGGCAGAACGCCGUGGCUCACAACCUCACCUACGGAAAGGCCUAUUUCUUCAGAGUGGCCGCGGAAAACGCCAUCGGCAUCGGACCCUUCAUGCAGACUGCAGCCGAAAUUGUGAUCAAGGAACCAAUCAGUGUCCCAGACCGCCCAGAGGAGCUGGAGGUCACCAAGGUCACCAAGGACUUGAUCAGCAUCACCUGGAAGGCACCCAAGUUUGACGGUGGCUCAGAGAUCACCAUGUACAUCCUGGAGGCGCGAAUGAUCGGCAAAGACAAGUUCACCAGGCUGACGAAAGAGACGUUGAUGGAGAGAAAAUACACGUACGACGGCCUGAGAGAGGGCGACACCUACGAGUUCAGAGUCCUCGCCGCCAACGAGGUUGGACCCAGCAAACCGUCAUUCUGCACCAAACCAAUCACCUGCAAGAAUGAACUGGAGCCACCGACCAUCGAGCUGGACUUCCGUGAUAAGAUCAUUAUCCGUGUGGGUGAGAGCUGCCUGCUGCAGGGCCGCUACACCGGCAAACCUUCUCCGUCCAUUAUGUGGUACCGAGACGACAAGGAGCUGAAGGCCGACAAACACGUCAUGUUCAAGAACACGCUGACCGCCAUGUCACUGGGCCUGAUGAAGGCCGAGCGCGAGCACAGUGGCAGAUACGUGGUGGUGGUGGAGAACAGCACUGGAUCCAGGAAAGGAGUCAGCAACAUCACGGUUGUCGACCGUCCGACCCCUCCUGUUGGCCCUGUGGUGUUUGAGGAGGUGCACAGGGAGUUCAUGGUCAUCUCCUGGAAGCCGCCUCUGGACAGCGGUGGUGUGGACGUGUCCAACUACAUAAUCGAGAAAAGAGAUGUCAACAGAGACACCUGGACCACGGUGACAUCCGCCAAUACAAAAACCAUAUGCAAGAUCCCGAAGCUGACAGAAGGCAAAGAGUACAUCAUGAGAAUCUCUGCUGAGAACACGUAUGGCAUCAGCGACCCACUGGAGUCUGAGGAGAUGAAAGCCAAAGACCUCUUCAGAGUCCCUGAGGCCCCUGAGAUGCCACUGGUCCGGGAGGUGUAUGCCACCAACGCUCUGGUGCUGUGGAACCGCCCUCGUGACGGUGGGAGGCCCAUUACAAACUACAUCCUGGAGAAGAAGGAGCCCACAGCCAAGAGGUGGUCCAGAGCCACCAGAGACCCACUGUACCCUGCGACUCAGUACCGGGUCCAGGACCUCGUGGAGGGCUGCGAAUACGAGUUCAGGGUGAUGGCUGAGAACGAGCUGGGAACCGGAGACCCGAGCGUCCCCUCCAAACCCAUCCUCGCUAAAGAUCCUAUUGUGCGCCCCAGUCCUCCCGUGACACCGGAGGCCUACGAUAAGACCAAGGACUCUGUCAGCCUGAAGUGGCAGCUGCCCCGCCACGACGGCAAGGGACGGAUAUUUGGCUACAUAGUGGAAUACCAGAAGCCCGGCGCUGUGGAGUGGACUCAGGCCAACGACACCCCCGAACAGUGCCCGGACCUCCACUAUGUGGCCACGGGCCUGGCUGAUGGACAAGAAUACACCUUCAGGAUCUUCACCGUCAACGCUGCCGGCAGAUCUGAUCCUGCCUACGUCAAACAGCCCAUCAAGGUCCACGACAGACUGGAGGCGCCCGAUCUGCUGCUGGACGCCAACAUGGCACGUGACCACCUGGCGAUGUUGGGCGCUGACAUCACCCUGAGUGCCACUAUCAAAGGUGUGCCGACACCCACCGUUAGCUGGAAGAAGAACGAUGGAGAUGUUCCUUCUCACCUCACCGUCGCCAUCACUGCCACCAACAGCAAAGUUUUCAUUCCCAAGUGCACCCGCCCAGACUCUGGCGACUACACCAUCACUGUGGAGAAUGUUGCUGGAAAAAAAUCAGCAACUGUUGCCGUGCUUGUGUUGAAUAAACCUUCUCCUCCCAGAGACUUGCAGAUCUCUGAAGUGACCAGCGAGACGGCCUAUCUGACAUGGAAGGCUCCUGAGGACAACGGUGGUGCUGUCAUCUCCCACUAUGUCGUGCAGAAGAAGGAUGUCGCCUCAGAUCAGUGGGUUCCCGUCUCUGCAGCCAAUAAGAAGCUGAGUCUGAUGGCCUUGUACCUGAUGGAAGGAAUCCAGUACCUGUUCAGGGUGGCGGCCGAGAACCAGUUUGGCAGAAGCGACUUUGUGACGAUCAGGUCUCCCAUCAAGGCUGUCGAUCCACUCUAUCCUCCUGGCCCACCCAAGAACCUGCACCACACAGACGCAGACAAGACAGAGGUGUGGUUGGCAUGGGAGUGGCCUGACCGCACUGGUGGAAGUGAAAUCACCGGCUUUAUUGUGGAGCACCAGGAAGAGGGCCAGACUGACUGGGUCACCUUUAAGACCGUGAGCAACAACCACGCCCAUGUUACCGGUCUGGUGGAGGGCAAAACUUAUCGCUUUAGGGUCAAGGCUCAAAACGCCAUUGGUGUGAGCCGUCCUGACACCAGCGUCCCCGUCACCUGCCAGGAGAAGACAUUGGCUCCAACUAUUGAAGUUGAUGUGAAGCUUAUUGAGGGUCUUGUUCUCAAAGCUGGCAGCACUAUUACCCUUCCAGCCAAAAUGACAGGCAUUCCCAAUCCCACUGCCAAAUGGAUGACAGAUGGUAAAGAGGUAGCAUCAGAAGGUCGCUAUCACAUUGAGACUACCGGAUCCUCAACUAUCCUCAGUAUACCUGAAUGCCAGAGAGGAGACACUGGAGAGUACAUCCUCACUGUUGCUAAUCCUGCAGGCAGCAAGUCAGUUGCCCUGCAUGUCACUGUGCUGGAUCUUCCAGGUCCACCAAUUGAACCCAUCAAUAUCUUGGAGGUCACCCCUGAUUUCAUGAUGAUUCAAUGGAGGGCGCCAAAGGAUGAUGGUGGCACGCCAAUCACCAACUAUGUGGUGGAAAAGAAGGAUGUGAAGAAGCCAUGGGAAUCAUGGUCUGUUGUUAGCUCCAGUGGCACCAGCACCAAGGCUAAAGUGUCCAGGCUGGAGAAGGGCCGUGAGUACAUUGUCCGUGUCCGUGCAGAGAACAAGAUCGGUAUUGGUGCUGGGCUUGAGAGUCCUCCCACUAUAGCUAAGCACAUGUUCAACCCUCCUGGUCCACCAGGCCCGCCAGAGUGUUCUGAUAUCACAGAGAAUGCUGUGACAGUGGAAUGGGGCCUACCCGACUACGAUGGCGGAAGCCCUAUCAGCGGCUAUGUGGUUGAACGCAGAGAAAUGACAGGAAAGUGGAUCCGUGUCAACAAAACUCCUGUGCUGGACCUCAGAUACAGAGUCUCAGGCCUAUUUGAAGGCAAUAGCUAUGAGUUCAGAGUGUUUGCUGAGAAUGUUGCUGGUAUUAGUGAGCCUUCUCCCCCCUCUUACCCCAUCAAGGCCACUCGUGCUAUCACCAAACCUGGUCCCCCUGGAAAUCCUAAACUGAAGGAUUGGAGUAAGUCCUAUGCUGACAUCUGCUGGACCAAGCCCACACGAGAUGGUGGCAGUCCCAUUCUUGGUUAUGUGAUUGAGGCUCAGAAGUCAGGAUCUGCCCAAUGGGACAGAAUCAACAAGGACCUCAUCAAGAUGUGUGCCUACAGAGUGCAAGGCCUCACUGAAGGAAUGGAGUACAGAAUUCGCAUCAGGGCCACCAACAAGGUUGGAGACAGUGAACCGAGGGAACUUCCUCAGACCAUCUUGGCAAAGGACAUCCUGGUGCCUCCUGAAGUUGUUGUUGACGUUUCCUGCCGUGACUCCCUGACAGUCAGGGCAGGUCAGAUAAUCAGUUUGAUCACUAGGGUGAAGGGCAGACCGGAUCCAGAGAUCACAUGGACUAAGGAUGCCAGAGCCUUGUCCAGGGAUAAACGCACUGAAAUGAACAAUAACUACCCUCUGUGUGAACUGGUCAUCAAUGAGGCAGUCAGGUCAGACUAUGGUAAAUAUGCAAUUGUUGCCAAGAACAGUAGCGGACAGGCACAGGCCACAAUUAUUGUCAAUGUUCUGGACACACCAGGAGCUUGCCUGAACCUGAGAGUGUCUUACGUGACCAAGAAAUCAUGCAUGGUGUCCUGGGAGAACCCGGAGGAUAACGGAGGCACUGAGAUCACUCAGUACAUUAUUGAGUGCCGUCAGCCCAGCCAGAGAGGAUGGACAGUGGUCUCCAAUGACUGCACCAAACGCCAGAUGAAGGCUCCCCUAACUGAGGGCUGUGAGUACUUCUUCCGUGUCAGUGCAGAGAACAAAAUUGGUGCUGGUCUGCCUAUUGAGACCAAGACGCCAGUGCUAGCAGUUGAUCCAAUUGAGAAGCCUGGCGAACCCAUUGACUUCCAUAUUUCUGAGAUUGGCAAGACUUUCUGCUUCCUCAAGUGGAAGAAGCCAGACUAUGAUGGCGGUAGCCGUAACCUAGGUUAUCACAUUGAGAAGAAACCAAAGGAGGCUGAGGAAUGGGAGAGGCUGCACAAGGGUGCCAUAAAGGAGACUUACUUCAUGGCUGACAGAUGUGUCGAAAACCAGAUCUACCAGUUUAGAGUUCAGACCAAGAAUGAGGGAGGCGAGAGCAACUGGGUGGCCACACCUGAGGUUCUUGUUAAGGAACUUCUUGUUGAGCCUGAGAUCAAGAUUAAUUUGGAUGGAACCCUCGUUGUCAAGGCAGGAGACUCCAUUCAAAUUGAGGCAACAGUAAAGGGCAAACCCCAGCCUGAUGUCAAAUGGACCAAGGAUGAGAGCACAGAGGAGAUUAAGAAGGGCCCCAGGCUUCAGAUGGAAACUGGGGCUGACUUCUCAAAACUUCUGUUUACCAACUCCAGGCGCACUGACAGUGGCAAAUAUGUUGUCACUGCCUCCAACAGUGCAGGUACCUGUUCUGCUCAAGCCAAGGUGAAUGUACUGGAUAGACCUGGACCUAUCACGGAUCUCAAGGUGUCUGGUAUUACCAACGACAGGUGCCAUCUGGCCUGGGAAAUUCCAGUGGAUGAUGGUGGCUGUGAUAUCUACAAUUACAUAAUUGAGAAAUGUGAGACCAAGAAGGGAAUCUGGUCAGUUCACUCCAAUGCUGUCAUUACGAACAAAGCGAAAGUUACUCGCCUUGUUGAGGGUAAUGAGUAUAUCUUCAGAGUUCGUGCUGAGAAUAAAAUGGGUCCUGGUCCUGCAGUGCAGAGUGAGAGCUUUGUUGCCGGCACCCAGUUCAGUGUACCUGAUGCUCCUGAAGCACCAGAAGUCACUAAGAUUGCCAAGGAGGAGAUGAGUGUGCAGUGGUCGGAGCCUGAGAAAGAUGGAGGAAAGCCAAUCACAGGCUAUCUAUUAGAGAAGAGGGAGGAGCAUGCCAUUAGGUGGUCUCCUGUAAACAAAGAUCCAGUCCCUGCAACUCGUUUCACAGUUACCGGACUCCUGCCUCUCCAUGACUACCAGUACAGAGUCAAGGCUGUGAAUGAAAUUGGCAUCGGCAGCCCAAGCAAGCAUUCACGUGCCGUCACUGCCAAGGAUGUAGUUGAGCCUCCUGCACCUCCCACCAACAUGAAGGUCCUGGACAGCACCAAGUCAAGUGUCACCGUUGGCUGGACCAAGCCUCUAUCCGAUGGUGGAGCUCCCAUCAUUGGCUAUGUUGUGGAGAUGAGGGCAGAGGGAGCUGCCAAGAAAGGAGAUGAUGGUUGGAAGAGGUGCAACGUAGCAGCUCAGCUGGUUGUGUGUGAGUUCACAGUCACAAGUCUGGAUGAGAAGCUUGUGUAUGAAUUCAGAGUGUCUGCUCAGAACCAGGUGGGAAUGAGCCCGUCCUGCGACCUGGAGGGUGCUGUCAUCCCCAAGGAGAUUCUAGAGGCACCAGAGAUUGAUUUGGAUGCCAACCUGAAGCAGGGACUGACAGUAAGAGCUGGCUGUCCCAUCAGGCUGUGUGCCACCAUCAGAGGCAGGCCCGCUCCCAAGGUAACCUGGAAGAGAAUGGGUAUUGACAACGUGUUCAGGAGGGGAAAAAUUGACAUCAUCGACACGAUGACCUUCCUGGUCAUUCCUGACAGCACACGUGACGACACUGGAAAAUACUGCCUGACUGUGCAGAGCCCUGCUGGAGAGAAGGCUGUGUUUGUCAGUGUGAAGGUUCUAGACACUCCUGGACCCGUGAUGAAUCUGGAAGUGACCGACAUCACACAAACGUCAGCCAUGUUGACCUGGAGUCCUACAGAGAACAACGGUGGCAGUGAUGUCACGCAUUACAUCAUUGAGAAGCGCCAGAUUGACCGCAAAACAUGGGCAACUGUGAAGGCAGAGGUUGAGGUGGAUAAAAUUCCCUUUAAAGUCAGCGGCCUGAUGCCGGGAACUGAAUACUACUUCAGAGUCACAGCUGUCAAUGAGUAUGGCUCAGGUGUUCCCAGAGUGACACCCACCUCCUACCUGGCCUCGGAUCCUGUCAGCAAGCCAGAUCCUUGUGAAAAGAUUGAGGUUCUUGAGCUCACUAAGAACAGCGCCACAGUCGGCUGGUUGAGGCCCGCAAGGGACGGUGGUGCCAAGAUCGAUGGUUAUGUGAUUGAGUACAUUGAGGUCAAACCUCCUCCACCACCUCCUGCACCUGUGGAGGUUGCAGAAGGAGAGGAGGCUCCCCCUCCACCUCCGCCUCCACCUCCAGUGGAAGAGGAAACAGAGAAGGAAGAACCUGAAAAGGAAUUGUGGAAUGCCUACACGACAGUGAAAGGUUUGACAAUCAGCAUCAGUGGACUGAAGGAGGGCAAGAUGUACAAGUUCAGAGUGGCUGCCAAGAACAUCAUGGGCAUGAGCAUGUUCACGGAGACGAGGGAGCCGGUUGAGAUCAAGGAACAGAUGUUGGAACCAAAGAUUGUCAUGCCAGAGACAGUGAGCGCCAAAGCCGGAGCCAAGCUCAGAGUGGAGGCUCUGGUUUCCGGAAAACCUUCCCCGACCUGCAAGUGGCUGCGUGGUGAGAACACAGUCGUUCCAUCCAGUCGUCUGGCUGUGCACCAGUCCGGCAACCUGUGUGUCCUGAUCAUCAAAGAUGUGUCGAGGACGGACAGUGGAGAGUACAGUCUGGCGGCUGAGAACAGCUCUGCAAAGGUGGUCCAGGCCCUGAAGAUCAUCAUCAGAGACAUCCCUGGUCCACCUGAGGGCCCUGUGGAGAUCAGCGACAUUGACGCUGAUGCCUGUUCCCUGUCCUGGAACAAACCACUGGAGGAUGGAGGCAGCAACAUCACCAACUACGUGGUGGAGAAAUGCGACGUGACUCGAGGUGACUGGGUAACUGCCGUCUCUUCCUCUGCAAAGACCAGUUGCAGGCUUGGAAAGCUCAUUCCUGGAAAGGAGUACGCCUUCCGCAUCCGUGCUGAAAACCGCUUUGGCGUGUCAGACCCCAUUCAGUCCGAGAGGAUGGUUGCCAAGUUCCCCUUCGAUGUUCCUAGCGAGCCCCUCAACUGCUGCAUCAACAAGACCAACAAGGACUGUAUGUUUGUAGCCUGGGAAAAGCCUGAGAACGACGGCGGCAGUCCUAUCACAGGUUACUACAUUGAGCGUAAGGAGAGGAACAGCCUUUUGUGGGUGAAGGCCAAUGACACGGUGGUCCGCACCACUGAGUACCCAUGCGCUGGGCUCAUCGAGGGCCUGGAAUACACCUUCAGAGUGUCUGCCAUCAACCGUGCAGGCCAGGGUAAACCGAGCAAGAAGACCGACUUUGUCACUGCCAGAACACCCGUCGACACACCAGGUAAACCUGAGAUCCUGGAUGUAACCAAGAACUCUGUCACUCUGGUUUGGACCCGUCCCAAGAACGAUGGCGGAAGUAAGAUCAUUGGCUACUAUGUUGAGGCCAUGCGGGUGCCAGGAGACACGUGGAUACGCUGCAACACCAGCAGCCAGAACGUCCCGAGAGAGGAAUAUACAGUUACUGGUCUGGAGAGAGAACUGCAGUACCAGUUCAGAGUCAUUGCCAAAACUGCUGUCAACAUUAGUAAACCCUCUGAGCCCACGGACCCUGUCCUUGUCUCUGCAGAGAAUGUUCCUCCAAGAGUGGAGCUCAGUGCCAGGACGCAAAAAGGUUUUAAGGUCAAGGCUGGAACCACAGUACUCCUGGAGGCUGACGUUUUCGGCAAGCCCAUGCCCAGAGUGACCUGGAGGAGAGGUGACGACAGCCUGAAGUCAGGUGAAGGGCAGGUCAUCACCCAGCAGAGGCAUCACUUCCAGCUGGAGAUGACAGAAGUCACUAAGGAGCACACAGGGACUUACACUAUCCUGGCUGAGAACGCCAGCGGCUCCAAGACUGCCGAGAUCCAGGUCAACAUUCUGGAUGUGCCUGGCCCUCCUUCUCACGCUACAUGCAUUGAGGUGUUCGCCACCAGUAUCAAGCUGUCCUGGCAGCCACCUUUGAAAGAUGGUGGUGCCCCCAUCAGCAGCUAUAUCGUGGACAAACGUGAGACCAGCAGAGCUAACUGGGCUCAGGUCUCCAGCAAGAUCAAGGGUAACGUCCUUGAGUAUAACGUGGAGAAGCUGAUCGAGGGUCACGAGUACCAGUUCCGGAUCCGUGCUGAGAACAUGUGGGGAGUUGGAGACCCCUUCAUCACUAGUCCGGUCAUCGCCAAGAACCCAUUCACUUGCCCCGGCCCUUGCGAGGCCCCGGUGAUCACCAAUGUGACCAAAGAUUGUAUGACCGUGAGCUGGAAGGAGCCUGCUGAUGAUGGAAAGUCCACUGUCCUGGGCUACAUGCUGGAAAAGAAACAAGUGAAGGAGUUGAACUGGAACAAGCUGAACAGGAAGCCUCUUACAGAACGGACCCUGGAUGUUACGAGUCUCACAGAGGGAGCUGAGUAUGAGUUCAGAGUUAUUGCCGUUAACGUUGCAGGGCUUGGCAAACCCAGCGAGCCCUCUGCUGCCACCGCCGCACAGAAUCCCAUCACUCCUCCUGGUCCUGUUGUGAAUCCAAGUGUGACAGACACCAGCCAAAGCACCAUAAGUCUCACCUGGACUGCCCCUGCCAACAACGGUGGAAGCCCCAUCAUAGGAUACCUGGUGGAGUGCAAGAGAACUGACACCACAAACUGGGUCCGCUGCAACGUCCCCAGGAACCUGCAGGAGACCAACUAUGUCAUUCAGAACCUCAUUGACAAGGCUGAGUACCAGUGCCGCAUCACUGCCGUCAACAAGGUGGGCUUCAGCGAGCCAGCUGAAGUACCCGGCAAACACGUUGCCAAGGUCAUCGUCGUUCCUCCCGAGGCAGAGCUGAGUGCAGAGCUAAAGCAAGGUCUGGAGCUGCGCGCCGGUGCCACCAUGAGGUUGCAGGCCACCAUCAAGGGUCGUCCUUCUCCCAAAAUCACCUGGGCCAAGAUGAACACCAACCUCAAGGACCGGCAAGGAAUCGUCAUCAAAUCUACAAACACUGACACCAUGCUGAUGGCUGAGAACGUAAACAGAUAUGAUGCUGGCAAAUACGUUCUGAGCCUGGAGAGCUUGGCUGGCAUGAAGACGUACACCAUUGUUGUCAAGGUUCUUGACACUCCUGGACCACCAGCCAACCUGGUGGUGAAGGAGACAUCCAUGGACAGUUCUUCCAUCUACUGGGAUGCUCCUCUGAUUGAUGGAGGCUCUGAAGUCACCCAUUACAUUGUGGAGAAGCGUGAUACUGAAAGGAAGGCCUGGUCCAUUGUUUCCAACAACUGCACCAAUACAGCAUUCAAGGUGCCAGACCUGGUUGCUGGACGAUCCUACUGCCUCAGAGUGUCAGCAGUUAACCAGCUCGGUGGUGGAGAGUACUGCGAGACCGACGAUUCAGUCAGAGCCACAGAGGAGCCUGGGCCUGUCAUGGAUUUCAAGACCCUGCUGGUUACCAAGGAUUCAUGCACUCUAAGCUGGAAGAAACCCCUCACUGAUGGUGGCAGUCGCAUUAUCUGCUAUGUGCUGGAGGUCCUUAAUGGUGACGACAAGUACAAGGAGCUAAUGAGGUCCAAAAAUAUGCAAUACAGUGCCAAGGACCUAGUGGAGGGCAGAGAGUACACUUACAAAGUCAAGGCUGUUAAUGACUCAGGGGAGAGCUCUGCCAAGGAGCUGACAGUGGUCACCAAGGACCAGAUCAUUCAUCCAAGCUGUGAUUUGAGGGAGCUUCCCAACAUGUGCUACAUUGCCAAGGAGGGCAGCACUGUCCGCCUGAAGAUCCCAAUCAUUGGAAAACCUAUGCCCAAAGUCUCCUGGAAGAAGGGAGAUGAUGAGGACCUGACGGACACUGGCCGAGUAUGCGCAGAGUCUUCUGCAGUCAACACCACCCUCCUGAUCAGAGACUGCCAGAGGAGUGAUGCUUCCAAGUAUACCAUCAUCCUGAGGAACAGUGCUGGAAGCAAGGAGUCCACCAUCUUUAUUAGGGUGGUGGGAAAACCUGGCAUCCCUCUUGGACCCAUUAAGUUCAAAGAUGUUACUGCCGACGGUGCUACACUGAAGUGGGGUGUUCCCAAGGAUGAUGGUGGCUCAGAGAUCACCAACUACAUCUUGGAAAAGAGGGACUCCAUCACCAAUAUGUGGGUGAAUGUGUGCUCCACUGUGGAGACCAACACCAUGAGGGUGACCGGUCUCCAUGAGGACACAGAAUACAUCUUCAGAGUCUGUGCUGAGAACAAGUACGGUGUUGGAGAAGGACUCAAGUCUGAGCCCAUUGUUGCCAAACAUCCAUUUAAUGUUCCAGAUGCUCCCGCUCCCCCUCAAAUCAUGAGCAUGCGUCACAACUCUGCUUACCUGUCCUGGUCUGACCCCAGGAAAACGGGAGGAUCUCCUAUCACAAGCUACCAUGUUGAGUUCAAAGAGCGGAACAGUAUGUUGUGGAAGAGGGCGAGCACAGCCCCCUUAAAGAUGAGGGAACACAAGGUAACAGGGCUGACUGAAGGCCUGGAGUACGAGUUCAGGGUCAUGGCAAACAACCUGGCUGGUAUCGGAAGACCGAGUGCACCCACCGAUCCACAGGUGGCCCUGGAUCCCAUUGAUGCCCCUGGUAAACCUGAUGUGAUCAGCAUCACCAGGAGCUCUGUGACCCUCCAGUGGACUGAGCCACAGUUCGAUGGUGGCCACAGGCUGACUGGUUACAUUGUUGAGAGGCGCGACCUGCCGUCUAAGAUCUGGGUCAAGGCCAACAAUGUGAAUGUUGUGGAUCCUGCAUUCACUGUCAUCGACCUGCAGGAGGGCUGCAAAUAUGAGUUCAGGAUCCGGGCAAAGAAUUCUGCUGGUGCUCUCAGCCCCCCCUCUGAACAGACCGAUACCAUUAUCUGCAGAGAUGAAUAUGCGGCACCAACCAUUACUAUUGAUUCUCAUGUGAUGGAGGGUCUGACUGUCCGAGCUGGUGAUACCAUUGUCAUUACCGCUACAAGCAUAUUAGGCAAACCUAGGCCAACCUCCUGCUGGUCAAAGGGAGGAAAGUACUUCAAACCCUCUGACCUUGUUCAAAUUGAGACCACUGCAACAUCCUCUACUCUGUCCAUCAAAUAUGCCAGCAGGAAGGACUCUGGAGAAUACAUUAUUACUGCCAGCAACCCCUUCGGUGUGAAGGAGGAAACUGUCAAGGUCAAAGUUCUGGAUGUUCCUGGUACUCCGGGGCCCAUUGAAUGCAAUGGUGUCUCUUCUGAAAAAGUCACUCUUACGUGGACAGCUCCUACUGAGGAUGGAGGCUCUCCAAUCAAAUAUUACACCCUGGAGAAGAGGGAGACCAGUCGCCUGCUUUGGACUAUCCUGGAAGAGAAGGUCAUCGACUGUCACUAUGUGGCCAACAAGCUCAUCCAGGGCAAUGAGUACUUCUUCAGAGUCUCUGCUGUUAACCAGUAUGGUGCCAGUGAGCCAUCUCACUCUGAGGCAGUCAAGAUGGUUGAUAGAUUCGGUCCACCUGGUCCACCAUCCAAACCCGAGGUUGAAAAAGUGGACGGACAUUCGGCCACUGUGACCUGGAGGAGACCAACUGAGGAUGGAGGAAGUGAUAUUAUAGGUUACUGUGUUGAGAAGAAAGAGAAAAAGGCUAUGAUAUGGGUCAGGGCCUCCAAGAAAUCCAUUGCUGAGCUCAGCUAUGAAGUCACUAGUCUAACUGAGGGCGUGGAGUAUGAGUUCCGUGUUCUUGCUGAGAACAAAGCUGGUUUUGGAGAGCCAAGUGAACCAUCUAUGCCCGUCAGAACAAUAGUUGCUGUCUAUGUGCCUGGACCUCCAGUCAAUCCAAGAGUCACAGACACGACAAAGACCUCUGCCACUCUGAACUGGGGAAAACCUCUUGAUAAUGGUGGACUUAAAGUCACUGGGUAUGUGAUUGAGCACAAGAAGGAAGGAUCAGAAGAAUGGGUUAAGGAUACCCCUUCAUCACCACUUAGAAUCACUGAAUUUGUUGUUCCCGGGCUGGAAGCUGGUGCAAAAUACCACUUCAGAAUUAGUGCUGUAAAUGCUAAGGGGGCAGGUGAACCUGCUGAGACUCAGGAACUAGUUGAGAUUGUGGAGCGUGCAGCUGAGCCAGGUUUGGAGCUGGAUGUUGAGCUGAGAAGAACCCUUGUCGUUAGGGCUGGCUGCUCCAUUCGCCUAUUUGUGCCAAUCAAGGGCCGUCCUUCACCUACAGUCACCUGGACCAAGGAGGGUGGUUCUGUCCCACGUGCAGUCAUUGACAGCACUGAGUCAUUUACAAUGCUAAUCAUUCCGGAGAGUUCAAGGGUUGAUGCAGGAAAAUAUGAGCUUACCCUCGAAAACUUGACUGGAAAGAAGAGUGCUGAUAUACACGUGAGAGUUCUGGAUUCACCUGGACCGCCACUUAACCUAAAACCACUCAAGAUUGACAAGGAAAGUAUUACUCUUCAGUGGGAGAUGCCUCUCAUUGACGGGGGAGCCAAAAUCACAAACUAUGUAAUUGAGAAGCGAGAAUCAACACGCAAGGCUUUUGCUACCGCUAUUGCAAAUUGCCAAUACACUUCAGUCAGAAUUGGUGAGCUGGGUGAAGGCUGUGAGUACUAUUUCAGAGUGUCUGCCGAGAAUGAGUAUGGCAUUGGUGAGGCAGUUGAAACUGCAGAUCCAAUUCGUGCAUCCCAGGCACCAACUCCUCCUGACAGUAUUAUUCCUACUGAUAUCACCAAGAAUUCUGUGAGCCUGGCUUGGACCAAACCCAAGCAUGAUGGUGGAAGCAGAAUUUCAGGAUAUGUCCUGGAAGCCCAGAAGAAGGGAACUGAUCAGUGGGCCCACGUCACAACAGUCAAGACAAUGGAUUUCACCGUCAAAAAUCUAAAUGAGAAUGAGGAGUAUAUUUUCCGUGUAAUGGCUGUCAACCUGUCAGGCAGAAGUGCUCCACGCGAGAGCAAAUCCAUUGCUGUGAGGGAAUCUACUUCACUGCCAGAGUUUGAUCUGCGGGGUGUGUGUAAGAAGACUGUUAUUGCCAAGGCCGGAGAUGACAUCAAGGUUGAAAUCCCAUUUAUGGGACGUCCUCGACCAACUAUCUCUUGGCAGAAGGAUAGUGGAGCCCUGAAGCUCACACAGAGAUGUAAUGUGGAAACUACUUCUGCUACUGUUAUCCUCAGCAUCAAUGAAUGCAAUAGAGCAGACAGCGGUGUAUACACCAUAACAGGAAAGAACAUUGUUGGUUCUGUGACAGAUAACAUCACUGUCAAAGUACAUGAUGUACCUGGGCCACCCAAGGGACCAGUUAAAAUUGUAGAGAUAUCCCGUACCUAUUGUGUCUUUGCAUGGGACCCUCCUGAGAAUGACGGAGGUGUUCCAAUCAAUAAUUAUGUGGUUGAGAUCAGAGACACCACUUCCCAAUCAUGGACAGAGCUGUCUUCUGCUCUCAUUCGUACCAUGUUCAAAGCCAUCCGGUUAACCACUGGGUCCGAGUACCAGUUCAGGGUAAAGGCUAAGAACAGAUAUGGUGUUGGACCUCCCAUCACCUCAGAGGCAGUGGUGGCUGCCUAUCCAUUUAAAGUCCCUGGCCCUCCUGGUACUCCUAAUGUUGUUGCAUUUACCAAGGACUCUAUAACAAUUGGCUGGAAUGAGCCUGUCUCUGAUGGUGGAAAUGAAGUAAUUGGUUAUCAUGUUGAGAGGAAAGAAAGAAGCAGCAUUGUGUGGCACAAGAUCAGCAAGGGUCUUGUGAAAGGAAAUAUCUUUAAAUCCAAUGGGCUUGAAGAUGGGGUUGCCUAUGAAUUCCGUGUUAUUGCUGAAAACAUGGCUGGAAUUGGUAAGCCCAGUAAGGCUUCAGAAGCUAUACUGGCCUUGGACCCUAUAGACCCACCUGGCCAGCCUAUACCAAUAUUUGUCAACAAGAAUAUCAUCACUAUUCAGUGGACAAAGCCUGAGUAUGAUGGCGGAUUCAAAAUCACUGGCUACACUGUGGAGAAGAAGGAGCUGCCUACUGGUCGCUGGAACAGAGCUAACUUCACCAACAUCAUUGAGACAGCAUUCACUGUCAGUGGACUGACUCAGGAUGCCUCCUAUGAGUUCCGUGUCAUAGCCAGAAAUUCGGCAGGUGCAGUAAGCAUUCCUUCUGAGCCCUCAGACCCCAUUAUCUGCAAAGAUGACAUUAUUGAGCCACGCAUUAUGGUUGAUGCCAUCUUUAAGGAUGUUGUUCUACUGAAGGCGGGAGAGUCCUUCAAGCUUGAUGCUGACAUUGCUGGUCAACCAACACCAUCUAUGGUUUGGACCAAAAAUGGAAAGGAGGUUGAGAACACAAUGAAACUGGAGGUUAAAUUCACUGAACUGACAACCACACUCACCAACAAGGACUCUAUCAGAUCAGAUGGAGGAGAAUUUGUUUUAACUGCCACUAAUGUUGGUGGAUUUGCUAAGCACAUCUUUAACGUUAAAGUGCUUGAUAGACCUGGACCACCAGUUGGUCCUCUAAAGGUAUCUGAUGUCACAGCUGAUAGCUCUGUACUGACCUGGGCUCCACCUGCAGAUGAUGGUGGUGCCAAGAUUGAAGGAUAUGUGGUUGAGAAGCGUGAGUCAAGCAGACUGGUUUGGACCAAUGUGGUUUCAGACCUGCAAGUUACACAAUAUAAGGUGACGAAAUUGCUCAAAGGAAAUGAAUACAUUUUCAGAGUUAUGGCAGUAAACAAAUAUGGAAUUGGUGAGUCUCUUGACUCAGGACCCACAUUUGCAGAUAACCCAUAUGUAGUUCCAGAUCCUCCAGAGAAUCCUGAGGUGACAGCUAUCACUAAAGAGUCAAUGGUUGUUAUGUGGCAAGCACCCAAGAUUGAUGGUGGAACUCCAAUCACUAACUACAAUAUUGAAAGGAAAGACAGAAUUGGCCUUCGCUGGGUCAAAUGCAACAAGAGGAAGGUCAAAGAUCUUCAGUUCAAGGCAGCAGGCCUUGUUGUUGGACAUGAAUAUAAAUUCAGAAUAAAUGCUGAGAAUGCUGCUGGAAUCAGUGCACCAAGUGUCUCCAGUCCAUUUUACAAGGCAACUGAUGCACUGUACAUGCCAGGGGCUCCAUGCAACCCCAGAAUCUUGGACACAACUAAGUCCUCAAUUACCGUAGCCUGGAAUAAACCUGUGUACGAUGGUGGCUCUGACAUCACUGGUUACAUUGUAGAGACCUGCAUUCCAUCUGGAAAAGAGGAGGAAGAGGAAUGGACCAUUGUGACACCCAAAGAAGGUCUCCUUGCCACCUCAUUCACCAUCAUUAACCUGAAGGAGAACCAGGAGUACAAGAUCAACAUUUCUGCAGUCAACAGUGAAGGAAUUGGAGAGGCAGCAUGUGUACCUGACAAUGCCAAGGCAGAAGACAGGCUCCUCCCACCUGAACUUGAUUUGGAUGCAGAUCUCCGCAAAGUUGUCAAUCUCAGAGCUUGCUGCUCACUUAGACUCUUUGUGCCUAUAAGAGGCAGACCGUAUCCUGAGGCUAAAUGGACCAAAGGAGAUGGUGAAGUUAUUGAGAGGGCAACCAUUGACAGCACAACAUCAUAUACAUCACUUGUAAUUGAAAAUGUCAAUAGAUUUGACAGUGGAAAGUAUAAUCUUACAGUUGAAAACAGUUCUGGCUCCAAGACAGUUACAGUACAAGUCAGGGUGCUUGAUACACCAAGUGCCCCACAGAAUCUGAAGAUUUCUGCUGUAACAAAUGAAGCUGUCACACUGACUUGGGAUCCACCAGUCAAUGAUGGAGGAGUUAAGGUUAAGAACUAUAUUGUUGAAAAACGCGAGUCCACAAGAAAAGCAUAUGCCACAGUCAAUGCUCUCUGCUGUCAUACCAACUUCACAGUAGGCCAGCUCUUGGAAGGAUGCAACUAUUACUUCAGAGUUUUGGCUGAGAAUGAAUAUGGCAUUGGUUUACCUAUUGAGACUGGUGAAUCAGUUAAAGCGUCUGAAAAACCACAGCCCCCUGGCAAAAUCACUCUUAAGGAUGUCACAAAAAACAGUGUCACUCUUUCUUGGGAGAAGCCAGAGCAUGAUGGUGGCAGCAGAGUAGGCUGUUAUGUCAUUGAGAUCCAGCCCAAGGGUGAUGAUAAGUGGACCCAGGCUGUGAUUGUAAAGGAAACAGAAGCAACAAUUAGUGGACUUAAUGCAGGUGAAGAAUACAUGUUCCGUGUAGCAGCAAGAAAUGAGAAGGGAACAAGUGACCCACGACAAAUCGGGGUGCCUGUGAUUGUAAAAGAUCUUGUGAUUGCACCUGUUGCAAAAAUGUUAUUCAACACAUUCAGUGUGUUGGCAGGAGAAGAACUGACAGUGGAGGUUCCAUUUGUUGCACGUCCCAAAGCAGCUGUCUCCUGGGUAAAGGAUCGUCAGCCUUUAAAGAGAACUACCAGAGUAAACUUUAGUUCAACAGAUACAAUGCUGAACCUCAACAUAAAAGAGGCGACUAAAGAUGACGUUGGACAGUAUCUCAUUACUCUCAGCAACACAGCAGGAGAGACAACCGCAGACAUUGGCAUCGUUGUUCUUGACAAACCUGGCCAGCCAGGUGGUCCAGUUAAGGUAGAGGAAGUCACUUCUGACAGUGUAACUAUCUCCUGGAACCCACCAGAAUAUGAUGGUGGUUGCACCAUCAAAAACUACAUUGUGGAAAAGAGAGACACGUCCACAACUAACUGGAUGGUUGUAUCUGCUAACCUUGCAAGGACCAAAAUCAAGGCAGGAAGAUUGAAGACUGGCUCUGAGUAUCAGUUUAGAAUCAUAGCCGAAAACAGAUAUGGAAAAGGCCCAACUCUUCAAUCAGAGUGUAUUGUGGCUCAAUACCCAUACAAGCUCCCAGGACCCCCAGGAACACCAUCCAUUGCAGCCUGGACCAAGGACAGCAUGGUGUUGGCCUGGAAUGAACCUGUGAUUGAUGGGGGAAGCCCUAUCAUGGGUUACCAUCUUGAACGGAAAGAGAGAAACAGCAUCCUGUGGGUUAAACUCAACAAGUCUCUUAUUACUGAACAAACAUUCAAGACCACUGGUUUAGAACAAGGGAUGGAGUAUGAAUACAGAGUUUAUGCUGAAAACAUUGUUGGAAUAGGCAAAGCAAGCAAAGUGUCUGAGGGUCAUGUUGCUAGAGAUCCCUGUGAUCCUCCUGGCACCCCAGAGGCUACAAAGAUUGCCAAGGACUCUUUGACCAUUGUUUGGACCAAGCCUGAGUAUGAUGGUGGUGCAAAGGUCACAGGGUACAUUGUAGAAAAGAAAGAGCUUCCUGAAGGUCGUUGGCAGAAGGCUAACUUUACUAACAUUAUUGAGACAGAAUACGUUGCAACUGGACUUGUGCAGGACAAUCAGUAUGAGUUCCGUGUAAUUGCCAGAAAUGCUGCUGGUGUUUUCAGUAUCCCCUCUUACAGUACUGGCCCCAUUACUGCCAGGGAUGAGAUUGAACCACCACGCAUCAGCAUUGACCCAGAAUACACACAGACCAUUGUGGUUAAUGCAGGAGAAAACUUCAAGAUUGAUGCUGAUGUCCAUGGUAAACCAUUGCCCUCUAUCCACUGGAUGAAGGGAGAGCAGGAGCUGGGCAACACUAUUCAUAGAGAAAUUAAGAACACUUCAAUCAAAGCUUACAUAUCUGUAAAGGAAGCAAAACUUUCUGAUGGAGGCCAAUAUACUCUGCUGUUGAAAAAUCCAGGAGGUGAAAAGGCUGUGCAGGUCAAUGUGGUUGUUCUAGAUAAACCCGGAGAACCUCAAGGACCUCUUGUUGUUACAGGAAUAUCCAAAGACCGAUGCUGCCUUGCAUGGAAACCACCAGUACAAGAUGGUGGCUGCAAGAUCUCUCACUACAUUGUGGAAAGGAGAGAGACAAGCAGAUUAGUCUGGACUGUAGUUGGCCCAAAAGUAGAGAAUAUUUGUCUAAGGGUGAAUAAGCUCUUGGAAGGAAAUGAGUACAUCUUCAGAGUCCAUGCUGUCAACCAGUUUGGAGGGGGUGCAGCACUUGAAUCAGAUGCUGUCAUAAUCAAAGAUCCAUAUUUGACCCCUGGGUCACCCAAGAGCUUAGAAGUUUCACAUGUGAAAAAAGAUUCAAUGGUCCUCACUUGGGAGGCUCCCUCUGAAGAUGGGGGCAGUCCUGUCACUGGAUACAUAAUUGAGAAACAUGACAAAGAUGGUGUACGAUGGACCAGAUGCAACAGACAAACUGUCACUGACUUGAAUUUCAAGGUGACUGGACUCCUUGAAAGCCAUAUGUAUGAAUUUAGAGUUGCUGCUGAGAAUGCUGUUGGUGUUGGUGAGCCAAGCUCCCCAACUGUAUUCUACAAAGCUCUUGAUCCAAUCUUCAGGCCUGGCCCUCCACAAAAUCCAAGAGUUACCGACACAACUAAAACAUCAGUAUUCCUGUCAUGGAGCAAGCCUGUAUGUGAUGGAGGUUGUGAAAUUCAGGGAUACAUUGUUGAGUGCUGUACUACCACAGUUCUAGCAGUUCCAGAUGAGGCAUCUGCUGAAGCUCUUGCUGCAGAGGCACCUAGCACAUAUGCCCCUGCUGAGGAGUGGAUAAUGUGCACGCCACCAAACGGUGUCAAGAAGACCAAAUUUGAAGUUGCAAACUUGAAAGAAAACCAGGCUUACAAGUUUAGACUAUGUGCCAUCAACAAAGUUGGAGUUGGUGAGCAUGCUGAUGUGUCUGGAGCUGUUGUUGCCCAAGAAAAGGUAGAGGAGCCAGACCUUGACAUUGACCCAGAACUGAGAAAGAUCGUAACCAUUAAAGCUGGAGCUUCCCUUCGGCUGUUUAUCCCCAUCAAAGGUAGGCCCACUCCUAUCAUCAAGUGGGAUAAGGAUGAAGUUGCCCUUAAAGAGACUGCUCAAGUUGAAGUUACCAGCAGUUACACAUCCCUUGUGAUUGAUAAGAUGAGCAGAAAUGACAGUGGAAAAUAUACAGUCACUGCAGAAAACUCUAGUGGAACCAAAUCAGCAUUUGUUGUUGUCCGUGUUCUGGACACACCUAGUGCUCCUGUCAACCUGAAAGUGAAAGAAAUUACUAACCAAUCAGUGACACUGGCAUGGGAACCACCUAUGUUGGAUGGUGGGUCCAAGAUCAAGAACUACAUUGUUGAAAAGAGAGAAAGCACACGCAAAACAUAUGCAGCUGUUGUAACAAAUUGUCAUGCUCUUUCAUGGAAGAUUGAGCCACUCCAGGAGGGUUGUAGUUACUUCUUCCGAGUAAUUGCAGAGAAUGGACAUGGUGUUGGCCUUCCUGCAGCAACUGUUGACCCUCUUAAGGUAUCAGAGGUGCCACAGUCUCCAAAGAACUUGAUUGUUACGGAUCAAACCAAAUUAAGUAUCUCUUUGGCCUGGGAGAAGCCUGAGUAUGAUGGUGGAAGCAGAGUCAUCCAGUACCUGCUUGAGGUGCAACUAAAGGGCCAGGAAAAGUGGUCUGGUGUUAACACAUUUAAGACAAUGGAGGCUACUGUUUCCAAUCUCAACCAAGGAGAGGAGUAUCUGUUCAGAGUUACGGCAAUCAAUGAUAAGGGCAAGAGUGACCCCAAAGUUCUUGCUGGUCCAGUAAUGACCAAGGAUUUGGUGUUUGAGCCUGAUGUUCGGCCACAAUUCAGCAGCUACAGUGUCCAUGUGGGCAAAGACCUGAAGAUUGACAUUCCCAUUUUUGGACGUCCUAAACCGACAGUCACAUGGACUAAAGAUGGAGCUCCUUUGAAGUUCACCACCAGAGUCAACAUUCUCAAUAUACCCACACAUACAACACUUAGCAUUAAGGAAGCUGCAGGUGACGAUAAUGGUAUGUACAGUAUAAAUGUUGCUAACUCAGUUGGAAAGAAGGACACAACAGUUGAAGUCAUUGUACUUGACAAACCUGGCCCUCCAUCUGGUCCUGUAAGGUUCAAUGAAAUCACAACACAGAGUGUCACUAUUUCAUGGGACCCACCUAAACACAAUGGUGGCUGCCAGAUUUCAAAUUACAUUGUCCAAAAGAGAGAUACUACUACUACAACAUGGGAAAAAGUCAGUAUCAAUUGGGCCAGAACCACCAUCAAAGUGUCUAGACUGAAGACUGGAGCUGAGUACCAGUUCAGGAUCAUUGCUCAAAACCGCUAUGGCAAGAGUCAUGGCUUAGAUUCGUCUGCUGUGGUCGCUCAGUACCCAUACAGAGAGCCAGGCCCCCCAGGCACACCUUUCAUUUCUUCUCUCUCUAGGGACCACCAGGUUGUUGAGUGGCAUGAGCCUGUCUCAGAUGGAGGCAGUACUGUUCUUGGCUACCAUCUUGAAAGAAAAGAGAGAAAUAGUAUUCUAUGGGUCAAGGUCAACAAGACACUUAUUCAUGAGACAUGUUUCAGGAGUUACCCCUUGGAGGAGGGUAUUGAGUACGAAUACAGGGUUUAUGCUGAAAAUAUUGUCGGCAUUGGCAGGUGCAGUAAGAUUUCAGAGGGCUGCAUUGCCCGUGACCCAUGUGAUCCUCCAGGUACACCAGAGGCCAUCCAUGUGACCAAAGAUACUAUUGUAAUUCAAUGGACUAAACCUGAGUAUGAUGGUGGCAGUAAUAUAACUGGCUAUACUGUGGAGAGGCGUGAUCUGCCAGAGGGCAGGUGGGUAAGGGCAAACUUCACAAAUGUAAUUGAGACCCAGUUUACUGUGACUGGACUGACGGAAAAUGCUCAGUAUGAUUUCAGAGUCAUUGCUAAAAAUGCUGUUGGCACCAUCAGCAAGCCAUCUUACAACAGUGGACCAAUAACUGCAAGUGACAAGUUGGAGGCACCCAAAUUCUCCAUUGACCCUGCGUUCACUAAGACUGUCAUCGUCAAUGCUGGAGAUACAUUCAAGCUAGAUGCCGAUGUUCGUGGAAAGCCACUGCCUACGAUCCAGUGGUUCAUGGAUGAGAAACCGAUGGAGAAUACACUUAGACUGGAGAUCAAAAACACAGAAAACCAUGCAAUGAUUGUCAUUAAGGAUUCUGUGAGAAUUGAUGGUGGAAUUUAUAUGCUCCAUUUGUCAAAUGAGGCUGGCAGUGAAACUGUGCCGUUCAAGGUUGUGGUCCUGGACAGACCAAGCCCAUGUGAAGGACCCUUCCAUAUCACUGGAGUAGCUGAAGAUAGAUGCACACUGGUAUGGCGUGCCCCUCUACAUGAUGGUGGUAGUCCUAUUAGACAUUACAUAAUUGAGAGAAGAGAGACCAGCCGUCUAGCUUGGACUGUUGUUUCUAACAACUGUGAGACCACAUGCUACAAAGUCACCAAAUUACUGGAAGGUAAUGAGUACAUGUUCCGUGUCAUGGCAGUUAACAGUUAUGGUGUCAGUGAGCCACUGGGGUCUAGUGGAGUGAUUAUGAAGACUCCAUUUGUUCCUCCUGGUGCACCUCACAUUGAGGAUGUAUCCAACAUUGCCCAUGAUGGCAUGACCAUCACUUGGUCUGCCCCUGAGUCUGAAGGCGGCAGUGAGAUUGCAAAUUACAUAAUUGAGAAGAGGGACAGAACUGGAAUCAAAUGGACCAGAUGCAAUAGGCAGAAGGUCACUGACCUCUCUUUUAGAGUCACAGGCCUGACCACAGGCCAUGAGUAUGAGUUCAGAGUGGCUGCCGAGAAUGCAGUUGGAGUGGGAGAGCCAAGCCUUCCAAGUUCAUACUUCAAGGCCUGUGAUCCCAAGUACAAACCUGGUGCCCCGGCAUAUGUGAAUGUGAUUGACUCCUCAAAGAGUUCAAUUACAGUGUCAUGGGGCAAGCCUCAUGCUGAUGGUGGCAGUGCCAUUCAAGGAUAUAUUCUUGAAGUCUGCAAGGCUGAGCAAGAAGAAUGGACCAUGGUUACUCCCGCCACUGGCCUACGUGUCAACAAAUAUGAAAUUUCCAAACUUACUGAGGGUCAGGAGUACAAGAUUCAGGUGUGUGCUCUGAACAAACUGGGAGUUGGUGAGCCAGCAAUUCUCUCUGGAACAGCCAAGCCAGAGGAAAGGGUGGACCCACCAGAGAUCCACCUGGAUUCUGAGCUGAGAAGGGGCAUCACUGUGAAAGCCGGUGGAUCUGUCAGAAUCCAUAUUCCAUUUAAGGGCCGGCCAAUGCCUGAGAUUAAUUGGACCAAGGAUGAUGGAGCCUUGACUGACAAGGCAAUCCUUGAGAAGGCACUCAACUUCACACAGCUGUCCAUUGACUCAUGCGACAGAAGUGAUUCAGGAAAAUAUACCCUAAGCCUGACCAACAGCAGUGGCUCUGUGUCUGAGUUUGUUGCAGUUAAAGUUCUGGAUACACCAGGAGCCCCACAGAAUCUUGUGGUCAAAGAUGUAAAAAAGGACUCUGUAACUCUUGUAUGGGAUGUCCCACUGAUUGAUGGAGGUUCCAAAAUCAAGAACUAUGUCAUUGACAGACGUGAAUCAACCAAAAAGGCAUAUGCAAAUGUUUCCACUAAAUGCACCAAGACAACAUUCAAAAUUGAGAACUUAAUUGAAGGUGCUAUGUAUUACUUCAGGGUCAUGGCUGAAAAUGACUACGGAGUUGGCCAAGCUGUUGAAACAAAGACAGCUUCCAAGGUAUCUGAGGUACCGCAGCCUGUUGGAAAAGUCUUCCUCACAGAUGUCACCAAGGCCAGUGCCUCAUUGGCUUGGGAGAAACCUGACCAUGAUGGAGGCAGUAGAAUUGGUGGCUACCUAAUUGAGAUGCAGCCUAAGGGUUCAGAUAAGUGGGGGGUAGCAACAAAUACAAAGACAUGUGAGGGCAUUGUCACAGGCCUUACAGCUGGAACAGAAUACCUAUUCCGUAUCAUUGCUUACAAUGAGAAGGGAAAGAGUGAGCCAAAGGCACUUGCUGCACCCGUUAUUGCCAAUGACAUGACAAUGGAGCCAAGGAUUAAGAUGCAAUUCAACACUUACAGUGUAUUGUCUGGCAAAGACCUGAAGUUGGAGUUCCCUGUGAUUGGUAGGCCCAAACCAAAAGUCACUUGGACCAAGGAUGGUCAACCUUUAAAGGUGACAUCGAGAAUCAAUGUGGUAAACACUCCAGCAACAGCUGCAAUUCAGAUUACUGAGGCAUGCAAAGAUGACUUUGGUAAAUACUCCAUUACAGCUACCAAUACUGCUGGUACAAUCACUGAGGAUGUGGCUGUCAUUAUCCUUGAAAAGCCAGGACCACCAACAGGGCCAGUCAAGGUUGUUGAAGUGAGUAACACCUUUGUUCAUCUUGCCUGGGAGCCCCCAGUGUACACAGGCGGAUGCCAAGUGAAGAACUAUAUAGUGGAGAAGAGAGAUACGACCACCACAACAUGGCAGUCAGUCACCACACAGCUUGCUAGAACGGCUUUCAAGGUCACCAAGCUGAAGACUGGUGCUGAAUACCAGUUUAGAAUUAUAGCUGAAAAUAGAUAUGGAAAGGGCGUUUCUCUGGACUCCAAGGCCAUUGUUGUACAAUAUCCAUACAGAUCACCAGGGCCUCCAGGAACACCAAAUAUCCAAUCUGCAACUAAGGAAAUGAUGAUCAUUGAAUGGAAUGAACCAGUCAAUGAUGGUGGAAGUACAGUCAUUGGUUACCAUCUGGAAAGCAAGGAGAGAAGCAGCAUCAUGUGGAACAAACUGAAUAAGACUCUGAUCACUGAUACUCAGUUCAAGAUCUGUAAUCUUGAGGAGGGUAUUGGAUAUGAAUUCAGAGUUUAUGCUGAAAAUAUUGUUGGCAUUGGUAGAUGCAGUAAAGUGUCUGAAUCCUUUGUUGCUCAUGACCCAUGUGAUCCUCCCGGUGCUCCUGAAGCUGUAUCUAUUUCUAAGAAUCUAAUCAAGAUUCAGUGGACCAAGCCUCAGUAUGAUGGCGGAAGCAAAGUAAAUGGAUAUAUUGUAGAAAGGAAAGACCUUUCCUCUCCUGAUGGGCGCUGGGUAAGGGCCAACUUCACUAACAUAAUUGAGACUGAGUAUACCAACACUGGUCUGACAGAGAAGGAGCAAUAUGAAUUUAGAAUUAUUGCAAGAAAUGCAGCAGGUGUCUUCAGCGAGCCAUCUGACAGCUCUGGGCCUAUAACUGCUACUGAUGAAAUUGAACCACCAAGGGCCUCAAUGGAUCCCAAAUACAAGGAUAUCAUUGUUGUCAAUGCUGGAGAACACUUGCUUCUUGAUGCAGACAUUUAUGGGAAACCAAUUCCUGAUGUUGUCUGGCUAAAAGAGGGCAAGGAAAUGGAUAAAGCUCUGCGCAUUGAAGUGAAAACUACACAGAAGCGUGCAGCCAUAACCAUUAAGAAUGUAACCAAGCUUGACAGUGGCCACUAUGACCUUGUCCUCAAAAAUCUGGGUGGUACAAAAACGUUCCCUAUCACUGUCAAAGUUCUUGAUAAACCAGGUCCACCCACUGGACCCAUGAGAGUGACAGGAGUCAUGGCUGACAGGUGCAUCCUUUCCUGGUUGGAGCCAACUCUUGAUGGUGGGGCCAGUAUCAGUCACUAUGUCUUGGAGAAGAGGGAGACCAGCAGGUUGUCCUGGACAGUGGCUGCCCCAAAUAUCAAGGGUCUAUACCAUAAAGUAACAAAUUUGCUCCCAGGAAAUGAAUACAUUUUCCGGGCCAGGGCAGUGAACAAAUAUGGUGCUGGUGAUUAUCUGGAGAGUGAGCCCAUAAUUUCACGCAAUCCCUACAAGCCACCUAGCGCUCCUGGAACUCCAGAAGCCAGUCAGAUCACAAAGGACUCUAUGGUUCUGUCAUGGACCGUUCCAGAACAGUGUGGUGGAAUUGAUAUAGAAGGCUACCACCUUGAAAAACGUGACAAAGAUAGUGUAAGGUGGACAAAAUGUAACAGACAAAAGCUGAUUGACACUCACUUCAAGGUCACAGGUCUAAUGACAGAUCACUUCUAUGAGUUCCGUGUUACUGCUGAAAAUCAGGCUGGAAUGGGAGACCUCAGUGAAUUGUCCCUGUUCUACAGAGCUUGUGAUGCUACAACACCACCUGGGCCCCCACACCAUCCUAAAGUGACAGACUACACAAAGUCUUCUGUGUCUCUGUCUUGGGGAAAACCUGACUUUGAUGGUGGUGCCUACACCAAGGGCUACAUUGUUGAAAUGAGGGAGUAUACACCUGUGCCUGAAUCAAUAGAGGAGGCAGAAGUAGCACCAACAGUAGAGGCAUCAGUUGAAAAAAAAUGGACUAUGUGCACUCCACCCACUGGUAUUCAAGCCACUAAACUCACUAUCACAGAUCUGAAGGAGGGUGGAGAGUACCAAUUCCGUGUCUGUGCUAUCAACUCUGAGGGAGUUGGGGAGGCUGCUAAUGUCCAUGGCACUGUGGUUACUUCUGCCAGGGAAGAAGCACCAGAGAUAGAGCUUGAUGCUGAUCUCAGAAAGGUGGUAUCUGUCCGUGCUAGUGGAACUCUGCGUCUGUUUGUCAGCAUCAGAGGAAGGCCUGAACCUGCUGUCAAAUGGGAGAAGGUUGAUAGUACUCUCACAGAGCAUGCUGCAAUUGACACCACCAGUUCAUACACCAUGCUUGUCAUUGACAAUGUUAACCGCUUUGACAGUGGGAAAUACUCACUUACCCUGGAGAACAGCAGUGGUACAAAAUCUGCUGUUGUCGCAGUGAGAAUUUUGGAUACACCCAGUGCACCACAAAACUUUGCUGUGAAGGAACUCAAGAAGGACUCAGUGACUCUUGCCUGGGAUACUCCACUCACCGAUGGUGGUUCUAAAAUCACAAACUACAUUGUAGAGAAGAGAGAGUCUGUCAGGAAAGCCUAUACUACUGUCACCAGCAACUGCACAGCCAACUCAUUCAAGAUUGAAGAGCUACCUGAGGGUGGAACGUUUUACUUCAGAGUCUGUGCUGUUAAUGAAUAUGGCCAAGGACAGACGGUUGAAACCAAAGAAAUCAAAGUAUCUGAGGUACCUCUGCCACCAAGUAAGGUUACCCUUGUAGAUUUGACAAAGACCAGUGUGUCACUGGCAUGGCACAAACCUGCUCAUGAUGGUGGAAGCAAAGUAAUGUGCUACAAUGUAGAAUUCAUGCCUAAGAGUGGAGACAAGUGGGGCACAGCAUGCACAGUCAAGGUACCUGAAGCAACUAUUCCUAAUCUGACUCCGAAUGAAGCUUACUUAUUCAGAGUUAUUGCAAUCAAUGAGAAAGGAAAGAGUGAACCAAAGGAUCUUGGCUUGCCAGUGGUUGCAAAGGAUGUUGCAAUUGAACCCUCUGUCAACUUACUCUUUACUACAUACAGUGUGAAGGCUGGGGGUGACCUCACUCUGGAGGUACCAGUUCUAGGCAGGCCAAAACCUGUUGUGUCUUGGAAGAAGGAUGGCCUUCCUCUAAAGCAAACAUCAUCAGUGACCAUCUUAAACACUAAAAUCUCAUCCAAAAUACUCAUCAAAGAGGCUAGCAGAGAACAUGUUGGCAAAUAUGAGAUCACCCUAGCCAACACAGGAGGAACAGUUACAAGAGAUAUUGGAGUUGUUGUCCUUGAUAAACCAGGACCACCUAAAGGUAUUACUGUGGAUUCUGUAACCUCAGACAGCAUUACGCUGUCCUGGUCACCACCAGAUUAUGCUGGUGGCUGCUCCAUCAGCAACUAUAUUAUAGAGAAGAGGGACACAAACACACAAGAAUGGCAAAUUAUUGCAAAUAAUGUUGCCAGAACAAGUUUCAAGGCUGGUCGCCUCACGCAUGGAGCAGAGUACCAAUUCCGCAUCUAUGCAGUCAACCGUUAUGGAAAGAGUACAUAUCUAGAUUCACCUGGAAUAACUGCUCAGUAUAACUUCAAACAACCUGGACCUCCUUCCACACCUAUAGUGAAGUUGGCUUCAAAGGCUUACAUGUUAGUGACUUGGAAUGAGCCAGUCAUUGAUGGUGGAAGUCUUGUUCUGGGCUAUCAUCUGGAGAGGAAGGAGCGUUCCAGCAUUCUUUGGACAAAGAUGAACAGAGGAAUGAUCAAAGAUACAGAAUUCAAAGUCAAUGGAAUUGAAGAGGGCAUGAUGUAUGAAUACCGUGUCUAUGCAGAAAAUAUUGCUGGUAUUGGUAAAUGCAGCAAAGCUUGUGAAGCUGUAGCAGCGAGAGAUCCAUGUGAUCCUCCAGGCACACCUGUGGUCACUCUUGUUACUAGAACAUCUGUCUCCUUGUCUUGGGAUAAACCAGAGUAUGAUGGUGGAACGAAGGUUUCUGGCUACAUCAUUGAACGCAGAGACCUUCCCGAAGGACGCUGGACAAGAUGCAACUUUACCAAUGUACCAGAGACCCACUAUGAUGUGACAGGCCUUACAGAAAAUGACCAGUAUGACUUCCGUGUCAUUGCUAAGAAUGCAGCUGGAUUGUUCAGUGAACCAUCUUAUAACACUGGCCCCAUCACUGUCAAGGAUGAUGUGGAUCCACCACGCAUCAUGAUGGAUGUGAAGUAUAGAGAGACACUCUUUGUGAAAGCUGGUGAAACUCUGAAGAUUAAUGCUGACCUUGCCGGACGUCCUGCUCCUGUAAUUUCCUGGACUAAGGAUGGCAAAGAGAUUGAGUUAAGAGCCAGAAUCCAAAUUGUUUCAACAGAUACCAGCACUUCUGUCAUUGUUAAGGACUGUAUCCGAAGAGAUUCUGGACAGUAUGCACUGACUCUUCAGAAUAUUGCCGGGACAGUUACCAUGCCAAUAAACUGUGUAAUUAUUGAUAAGCCUGGACCCCCAGCAGGACCUCUGCAGAUCACAGGUCUCACAGCUGAGGUGUGCACUCUGUCAUGGGGUCCUCCUCAGGAGAUCGGCGGUGCUGAUAUCACACAUUACAUUGUUGAGAAGCGUGAAACCAGCCGCCUGGCAUGGACAGUGGUGAAGGGAGAUAUCACAAAAACAUUCUUAAAAGUUACAGGACUGCUAAAGGGCAACGAAUAUAUCUUCAGGGUUUUGCCUGUCAACAAGCACGGACUUGGUGAAGCUCUGGAGAGUGACGCUAUAAAGGUUACAGAUCCAUACACUUUAGCCACUGCCCCAGCUAGUGUUGAUGUCGCUGCCAUAACAGGGGAUUCAAUGACCCUCACUUGGUGCAAGCCAGCCAGCGAUGGAGGCAGCCCCAUCACCGGAUAUAUAAUUGAACGCCGGGAGAAGACAGGAAUGCGCUGGGUCCGUGUGAACAGAGAUCCAGUCGUUGAAUGCACCAGUGUAGCAACCAAACUGCGCAAGGGUUGUGAAUAUGACUUCAGAGUCUAUGCUGAAAAUGCUGCUGGUUUGAGUCCUCCAAGUGAGCAAUCUGCAACAUUCAGAACAAUGGAUCCCCUGGUUGUUCCUUCUCGCCCAACCAAGCCAAAAAUUGUCAGUUCAACAAAAGGCACAGUGUCCAUCGUCUGGAAACCCCCAACAGAUGAUGGUGGUGCUCACAUUGUUGGAUACAGUGUAGAAUACAGAGACUACAUUCGUAAACCAGAGCCAGAGGUUGAGGAAGAAGAGGAUGAAUAUGAGGAGGAGGAAGAGGAAGUACUUGAAUCACUUGAGGAACUAGCUAGAUGGGUGGAGGCUGUCCCUCUUACAAAGAGCCUGGAAUUCACCAUCACAGGACUAAAGACUGAUGCAGAAUAUGAAUUCUGUGUCAAGGCAAUAAACAAAGUUGGCAGUAGUGUGCGUAGCCCAUAUUCAGAUGCAGCAGUAGCAAUGGACAGAACUGCAGAACCAUCAUUUGAUGUUGAUAUUGAGAUACGUAAAGUACUUAUUGUCAAACAUGGCACAGCAUUUACUUUAAAUGUACCAUUCAAGGGCAAUCCUGUGCCAUCUGUGGAAUGGGCCAAGGAGGGUGUUGAUCUUAAAGUCAGAGGAACCAUUGAAUCAUCAGAUUCCAGCACUUCACUGACUAUUGAGAAGUCUACUAGAAAUGACUCUGGAGAGUACUGUGUCACAAUUGAAUCACCACUGGGGAAAGCAACGUUGCCUGUGGUUGUCAAGGUGCUUGACUCUCCUGGACCCCCUAUCAAUGUUAAAGUUUCAGCAGUAACUAGAGAUUCUGCAACUCUCUCAUGGGAAUCUCCGGAGAAUGAUGGUGGUGAUGCAGUGAAGGCCUACCAUGUUGAAAAACGUGAAGCCAGUAAGAAGACCUGGGUGUCUGUGACCAGCAGCUGCCAUGCAUUCACUUACAAGGUGGAAGACUUGCAGGAGGGAGCCAUCUAUUACCUCAGAGUAAUUGGAGAAAACGAGCAUGGAGUGGGUGUCCCUCAGGAGGCCAAGGCUGGAACCAAGAUUACAGAGGCACCAAGUACACCCAUGAAACUUGGAGUUGCAAAUGUUACCAAGGACAGCAUUACAAUUGCCUGGUCAAGACCAGAAUACGAUGGUGGUAGCAGAGUUACUGGUUACCUAAUUGAUGCUCUGGAGAAGGGACAGACAAAGUGGGUGAAGUGUGCCACUGUGAGGACCAUGACUCAUACCAUCAAGAACCUAAGGGAGGGUGCUGAGUACUUCUUCAGAGUUCGUGCUGAGAACCACGCUGGACUCAGUGAACCCAAGGAGAUGAUUGUACCGGCUAUUGUCAAGGAAAUACAAGAGGCGCCAGAGUUUGACCUGACAAACUACCCGAAGAAUACAGUUUAUGUUAGGGCAGGAUCUGACCUGACCUUUGAGAUUCCUCUCACUGGCAGGCCCAUGCCUAAAGUGACUAUGUCCAAGAACAAUGUUGUCAUCAAAGGAUCCAAAAGGCUGCUGACAGAAGUAACACCAGACAGUUUAAUCAUCACCCUUACUGAAAGCAUUUCAAGUGACGCUGGCAAAUAUGAAGUCACUGCCUCAAAUGCGGGAGGAACCACGAAGAUCUUCAUAAUCUUCAUUGUUUUGGACAGACCUGGACCACCCGGUGGUCCAGUUGAGACAGGAGAGGUUGGCGAGACGACAGUAUGUCUUAAAUGGGCUCCUCCAGAUUAUGAUGGUGGCAGUCCUGUUACUAACUACAUUGUUCUGAAACGUGAAACCAGCACUCCUACUUGGGCAGAGGUGUCAACUAACAUUGCCAGAAGCUCAAUCAAGGUGACUAAGCUGACCAAGGGAGAAGAGUAUCAGUUCAGAAUAAAGGCUGAAAAUCGCUACGGUGUCAGCGACUACAUUGACAGCAAAUCAGUCAUGAUAAAGCUUCCAUACACCAUCCCUGGACCUCCAUCAACACCUUGGGUCAGCUUUGUAUCUCGAGAGAGCCUGACUGUCUGCUGGAAUGAGCCAGUUAAUGAUGGUGGAAACUCUGUGAUGGGAUAUCAUCUCCAAAUGAAAGAGAGGAGCAGCAUCCUGUGGCAGAAGGUCAAUAAGACAGGAAUCCCUGGAAACCAAUGGCGUGUUACAAACAUCUGCCCUAGUCUCAUCUACGAGUUCAAGGUGGCAGCUGAAAAUGCGGCAGGUAUUGGAAAGCUGAGCAAGACCUCUGAGGAGGUGCUUGCUAUUGAUGCCUGUGAGCCCCCGGCAAACGUCCGUAUAACAGAAGUAACCAAGAACUCAGUUUGCCUGACCUGGAUGAGGCCUCCAUACGAUGGUGGCAGCAAGAUUACUGGCUACAGUGUAGAGAGAAGGGAAGCUCCCAAUGGAAGAUGGGUGAAGGCCAACUUUACCAACAUCAUUGAGAUGGGCUUUACUGUAUCUGGACUCAACCAGGAUGAGUCUUAUGAGUUCAGAGUUUACGCCAAGAAUGCUGUUGGUUCUGUCAGCAACCCAUCUCUCAUUGCCGGCCCAGUCACUUGUGUGGAUGCAUGUGGUGCCCCAGCCAUUGACCUUCCUCCAGAGUAUCUGGAUGUGUGUCAGUACAAGGCUGGAGCGUCGGUUAAGCUCCGAGUUGGAAUCAUUGCCAAGCCUCAGCCAACCAUUGAGUGGCUCAAGGAUGGAAAAGAGCUGGUAGCAACUUCUACUCUGUCUGUCGAAAGUACAACAGACUCUUCUGCAGUUCUGAUCAAGGAUGCAACUCGCCUUGACACAGGUUCAUAUGAGGUCAAGAUCAAGAAUGUUCUCGGAUCAGCAUCUGCAACCAUCAGGAUUGAAAUCUUGGACAAACCUGGACCCCCAGCUGGCAUCAUUAACUUCAACUCCAUCACAGCAGACAAGAUCCUCUUCAGCUGGGAACCUGUGCCCGAGUCUGACCAGGGAGGUGCCAAUGUGACCCACUACAUUGUUGAGAGGCGCGAAACCAGCCGAGUGGUAUGGUCGACAGUUUCAGACCAGCACGAGCAGACAUACGUCUCAGUCAACAAACUGUUGCGUGGAAACGAAUAUGUGUUCCGUGUCAUGGGAGUUAAUAAGUUUGGAGUUGGAGAGCCACUGGAGUCAGAGCCCGUCAUCGCUAAGAAUGCCUUUGUAACUCCGGGCCAGCCUCGCACUCCUGAGGUGAAUAUCAUCACCAAGUCCACCAUGGUGGUAGAAUGGGACAAACCAGGUGUAGAUGGAGGUAGCUACGUAACUGGCUACUACCUGGAGCGACGCGACAAGAAGAGCUUGCGCUGGAUCAGAGUUUACAAAGAACCCGUCAGUGACAUCAAGCAGACUAUCUACCACCUGACAGAAGGAAAUGAGUAUCAAUAUCGUGUCUGUGCCAUCAACAAGGCCGGAGAGGGUCCGUUCUCUGAUACAUCAGACUACUACAAGGCUGCUGACCCAGUUGAUCCACCAUAUGAGCCUUGCAAGCUGAAGGUGGUGGACUCCACUAAGACGUCCAUCACCCUGGGCUGGUCCAGGCCAGAAUGGGAUGGAGGCAGUGAGGUCACCAGCUACAUGGUGGAGAAGCUUAUUGAGGGAGAGACAGAAUGGGUUAUGAUUACCUCUAAGGGAGAGGCCAAGACAACAGAGUACACUGUUCAUGACUUAAAACCAGAUGUCAACUACUUCUUCAGAGUUUCUGCUGUCAACUGUGCUGGCCGUGGAGAUCCUUUGGAGAUGACGGAACCUGUACAGGCGAAAGAUAUCCUGGAGGAGGGCCAGAUUGACUCAGAUGUGGCCAUGAGAACACACUACAUUGUGAAGGCUGGAAAGGAUGUGGAGCUGUCUGUUCCUGUGAAGGGCAGACCUGCUCCCAGUGCUUCAUGGAGCAAGGGAGAUGAAUGCAUUGAUCGCAACCCUAAAUAUGAGUUCCACCACUCAGACACAACCACAGUCCUUGUUAUGCGUGAGGUUACUAGGCUUGACACUGGGAAGUACACAGUCAAGAUAGAGAAUGGUGUGGGAGAACCCAAGAUGCUGACCCUGUCAAUGAAGGUCCAGGAUACCCCAGCUCAGUGCAGAAACUUGGUCCUGAAGGAAGUGACCCGGGGAAAGGUGACUCUCUGCUGGGAGGCUCCUCUGCUUGAUGGCGGUGCUGAGAUAACAAACUACAUUGUUGAGAAGAGGGAUUCGUCCAAGAGAUCCUUCUCUGCAGUGACAAACAAAUGCACAGACACAACAUACACCAUAGAAGAUCUCUCUGAGAAGACAUCCUUCUUCUUCCGAGUGUUAGCAGAGAAUGAGAACGGUGUUGGUGAUACUUGUGACACACUUGAGCCUGUGAAAGCCACAGAGACUCCAGGACCAGUCAAGGAGAUCUCUAUGAAAGAUUCGUCUAAGACAUCUGUCACUCUGCAGUGGCUGAAGCCUGAUUACGAUGGUGGAAGCAUUAUCUCUGACUACAUGAUAGAGAAGAAGCUUCAGGGCGAGGAAUGGUCAUUGGGAGGAACCAGCAGACAAUGUGAGUUCGAGGUCAAGAAACUUAAGGAGCAUUCUGACAUGUUCUUCCGAGUUGCUGCCAGGAAUGAGAAGGGACAGGGUGAUUUUGUUGAGAUUGGACCCAUCAAGGUCCUUGACUAUAUUAUUACUCCUGAGGCAAGCCUUGCAGAGUACCCGGAUGGCAGGGUCAGCGUUCGCCUAGGUCACAAUGUGCACAUUGAGCUGCCAUACAAAGGCAAACCCAAACCUGCUCUUCUGUGGCUGAAAGACAAUCUGCCGUUGAAGGAGAGCGACCAAGUACGCUUCAAGAAGACAGAAAACAAAGCCACUCUAAUGAUUAAAAAUGUGAAGAAGGAGAAUGAGGGUAAAUAUACUCUGACCCUUGACAAUAAGGUCAACAGAAGAUCCUUCCACAUUCAUGUCAUCACACUUGGCCCUCCAUCGAAGCCUGUUGGACCCAUCCGACUGGAUGAAGUAAGAUCUGAGAGCAUCAUGAUCUCCUGGGACGAGCCCAAUGACGAUGGCGGUGGAGAUAUUACCUGCUACACUGUGGAGAAACGUGACACUUCCCAGUCUGACUGGAAGAUGGCAUGCUCCAGUAUAGAAGGUACUCAAUUUAAGGUGCCCAACCUGAUCAAGGGUGUCCAGUACCAGUUCAAAGUGUGUGCUGAGAACCGAUAUGGUGCCAGUGAGCCUCUGAUCUCACAGAUGGUAAUUGCCAAACACCAGUUCAGGCCUCCAGGCCCACCAGGCAAGCCUGUUGUUUACAAUGUCACCAACGAUGGCAUGACCAUCCAGUGGGAGCAGCCCAUUUAUGACGGUGGUACCACAAUUCAGGGCUUCCAUGUGGAGAAGAGGGAAAAGAACAGCAUCAUGUGGCAAAAGGUGAACACUGUGCUGGUCAAAGAAACAGACUACAGGAUUUUGGAACUCAUUGAAGGCCUUGAAUACUACUUCAGAGUCUACGCCCAGAACGAUGCUGGCUUCAGCCGAAUGAGUGAUGAGAGCAAGCUAACCAUGGCCGUCAGUCCUGUUGAUCCUCCUGGCCAGCCCGACUACACUGAUGUGACAAGUGACUCUGUGGCACUGAAGUGGGAUGCACCCAAACGUGACGGUGGUAGCAAGAUUACCGGCUACAACGUUGAAAAACGCCAAGGACAUGGCCGCUGGUUCAAGGCCAACUUGACCGACGUACACGAAUGCCUGUACACUGUCACAGGGUUGGCAACAAAUGAACGUUAUGAGUUCAGAGUCAUUGCCAGAAAUGCCAUUGGUGUUGUCAGUCCUCCGUCCAACUCUUCUGGCUUGAUUGUCGUCAGAAGUGAGAACGCUACUCCAAAUAUUGAGUUUGGCCCAGAGUACUUUGAGGGUUUGACAGUCAAGGCAGCAGACAACAUCAGGCUAAAGGUCACCAUCACUGGACGUCCAGUUCCCAAGGUCAUCUGGUACAGAGACGGUGUGGAGGUCACCAAAAAGAUGAUGGACAUUAUCAAUGUACCUGGAUCCAGCACCCUGUUUGUCAGGGAUGCUGACCGUACACACAGCGGCCUCUACUCUGUGGAGGCUACCAACGGAUCUGGAAGCAGGAAGGAGAACAUCCUUGUUCAAGUCCAAGACACACCAGGGGAGCCAGUGGGACCCGUCACUUUCAGUCACAUCUCCGAGGGCAAGUGCACUCUGUCCUGGAACCCGCCAGAGAAUGACGGCUGCUCUGAGAUUUCACAUUACAUCAUUGAAAAGCGUGAGACCGCCAAGAUUUCUUGGGCCUUGGUGUCUGAUGAAUGUGAGGAGUGCACUUUCAAUGCAACUAAGCUAAUCAAGACUAAUGAGUACCAGUUCAGGGUCUCUGCUGUUAACAAGUUUGGAGUUGGCAGACCUUUGGAAUCCAACCCCAUCAUUGCACAGAUGCAGUACACUGCUCCUGAUGCUCCAGGCACUCCUGAUGCCACAGAGGUGACCGGAGAGAGCAUCACCCUCUCCUGGACUCCUCCAACAUCUGAUGGAGGAAACCCGAUUCAGUACUACGUCGUGGAGAAACGGGAAAAGAAGACUGUCCGGUUCUACAAGGUGAUUACCAAGAAGCCCAUAGUUGAAUGUGCUCACAAAGUGCUUCACCUGACAGAGGAUAUGGAAUACGAGUUCCGUGUUAUGGCCGCGAACGACGCUGGUGUUGGAGCUCCAAGCAACAUCUCUUUGCCCAUCAAAGCUGUGGAGCCAAAGGAUAUUCCUUGUGCUCCAUCUGUGGUCUGUGUAUCUGACUCCACCAACAGCUCCAUCAGUCUGGAAUGGAGCAGGCCUGCAGAUGAUGGAGGCAUGGAAGUCCUGGGCUACAUAGUUGAGAUGGCGAAGGGAGAAGAAACAGAAUGGAAGAGAGUAAAUACAGAGCUUGUGGCAGAAACAAAUUACGUGGUAACUGGUCUACAAGCUGGAGCUGAAUACAAGUUCCGUAUUGCAGCUGUUAAUCACAUGGGAAGAGGCGAGGAAAAGGAGACUCCAGAACCUGCUCAGGCUGUAGACAGGCUAACACCGCCACAGGUGGAUAUUGACGCCACCUUCAAGCAAAAACACAUUGUCAAGGCUGGAGGUCCAGUUUAUUUGGGCAUCCACUUCAGAGGAAAGCCCGUACCCACUGCCACCUGGGUGAAAGAGGAAGGAGAGCUGGGUGUCAUGUCAGAAAUCAUAACUACAGACGGCCAUAGUUCUCUUGGUAUCGAAAGCUGCUCUAGAAAUGAUACAGGCAAAUACACUGUUAACCUGGAGAAUGCCAGUGGCAGCAAGGCCAUCACAUUUACUGUGAAGGUGAUGGACACUCCCGGACCUCCACAGGCUGUUGUCUUCAAAGAGGUAUCCAGAGGCUCGGUCACACUUUCCUGGGAGCCUCCACUUAAUGACGGUGGGGCACGUAUCCAUCACUAUAUUGUUGAGAGGCGUGAGGCUAGCCGUCGCACUUGGCAGCAGUCUGGUAGCAAGUGCACGCAGCACAUCCUGAAGAUCCAGGACCUGCUGGAGGGGGUGCCGUACUUCUUCAGAGUCUCAGCCGAGAACCAGAAUGGUGUGGGUGAGGCAUUUGAACUGACUGAGCCCGUCAUUGCCACUGCAGAGCCAGCAUCUCCAAAGAGAAUGGAUAUCCUGGAUACCACUGACAGUUCCGUGUCGCUGGGCUGGCUGAAACCUGAGCAUGACGGCGGCAGCCGCAUCCAGUGCUACGUCAUUGAGGCAAAACCAAAGGGUACAGACAAAUGGGUUGUGGUUGGUAACACCAAGAAUCUCACCUAUGCAGUUGAAAAGCUCAACAAGGGAGAUGAGUACGACUUCCGUGUAAAGGCUAAGAAUGAAUCCGGCUACAGCAAGCCAAGGGAAACAUUGGCUCCUGUGCUGGUCAAAGAGCCUCACAUUGAACCUGCUGUUGACCUCAGUGAGAUUACCAACCAGCUGAUCACAUGCAGGUCUGGUAGCACCUUCACCAUCGAUGUUCCCAUCAGCGGUAGACCUGCUCCUAAAGCCACCUGGAAGCUGGAGGAGAUGAGGCUGAAGAGCUCAGACAGAGUCUCCAUCAAAGCAACUAAGGACCGAACCAGCCUCUCUGUGAAGGAGGCCAUGAGAGGAGAUGGUGGUAAAUACUACCUGACUCUGGAGAAUGUGGCAGGAUCCAAGACCUUCACUAUUGAAGUCAAUGUCACUGCUAGACCCAGUCCACCAUCUGGUCCCAUUGAAAUCUCAUCCAUUACCUCUGAGUCCUGUGUCGUUAACUGGCAACCACCGGAGGAUGAUGGUGGCACUGAUAUCACCAACUACAUCGUGGAGAAGCGAGAGUCGGGUUCCACGGCCUGGCAGCUGAUCAACUCCAGUGUGAAGCGCACAACUAUUCAUGUCAGUCACCUGACCAAGUACAUGCAGUACACGUUCAGGGUCUCUGCUGAGAAUAGAUUUGGUGUCAGCAAGCCCACAGAGUCAGAGACCAUUGUCGCCGAGCAUCCUUUCGUACCUCCUGGUCCACCAACAAAGCCUUCAGUCUUCAAUGUCACUGCUAACACAAUGACCCUGAAAUGGGAGGAACCCUACCACGAUGGUGGCAGCAAGGUGACGGGCUACUGGAUUGAGAAGAAGGAGAGGAACAAUAUUCUGUGGGUGAGGGAGAAUAAGAUCCCUUCAUUUGAGUGUUACUCCAAGGUGGAAGGGCUAGUCGAAGGCCUGGAGUACCAGUUUAGGGUUUACGCCAUGAACAGCGCUGGGCUGAGCAAAGCCAGUGAGGCCUCCAAGGGAGCAGUUGCCCAAAACCCAGUUGAUCCUCCAAGUAAGCCAGAAGUCACAAAUGUUACAAGAACCACAGUCUCCCUCAAGUGGUCUGCUCCGCUGAAUGAUGGUGGCAGCCCUAUCGUGGGCUACAUCAUCGAGCGUAAGCCGUACACUUUGACCGGUGAGGGCCGCUGGCUCAAGUGUAACUACACCAAUGUGACAGAACAUUUCUACACGGUCACUGCCCUCGGAGAGGGAGAGCCCUACGAGUUCAGAGUCAUCGCCAAGAAUGCCAACCAGGUCUUCAGUAUGCCCUCACUGUCCACUGGCUCGGUGCAGUGCAAGACCGACUUUGAGCCUCCGAAAGCCCAGCUGGACAGCAAACUCUUGUCUGAAACUGUGAUGGUCAGAGCCGGUUCAGACCUGGUUCUGGACGCCGCAGUGGGAGGCAGGCCUGACCCCAAGGCUUCGUGGUCCAAGGGCAACAGGGAGCUGGAGCUGUGUGAAAAGUACCACCUGCAGUACACUGCCACAAGGGCCAUGGCCAUCAUCAAGUUCUGUGAUAGAGAUGACACUGGAAAGUACACCCUCACGGUCAGGAACGUAAGUGGAACCAAGACUGCUGAGGUCAACGUCAAAGUGCUUGAUACACCCGGAGUGUGUGAAGGCAGCAUUGAAAUCAGCAAAAUCACUGAAGAGUCAUGCACCCUGAGCUGGAAGCCUCCUGUGGAGGAUGGCGGCGACAAUGUCUCCCACUACAUUGUGGAGAGACGUGACACCAACAGGCUCAACUGGGUCACCAUGCACGCACAGUGCAAGGAGCUGACCUGCAACAUCACCUGCUUGUUCAAGAACACAGAGUACCUCUUCAGAAUCCGCGGAGUCAACAAGUAUGGAGCAGGAGUUCACCUACAGUCAGAGCCCGUGGUCGCCAGAAACACUUUCACGGUGCCAACUCCUCCCGGUGCUCCAGAGAUCCUGGUAUCAGCAAAAGACUUUGCCACUAUCGAGUGGCUGAAGCCAGAGAGUGAUGGCGGCAGCCCGUUGAUCCACUACCUGGUGGAAAGGCGUGAGAGAAAGAGUGCCCGCUGGGUGAAGGUGAACAGGGACGGAGCUCACCUGGACACCACACUGAAGGUGUGUGGUUUGACCGAAGGCAACAUCUACCAGUUCAGAGUGACGGCCAUCAACAAGGCUGGAGAGAGUGAACCCAGCGAGGUUUCUCUGUACGUCGUCUGCAGAGUGCCGACAUCCACCCCAGCUCCUCCUUCUAUCCCUCGUAUAACUGACACCCACGCUGAAAGCAUCAGCUUGGCCUGGUCCCGCCCCGUGGAGGACGGAGGAGCCGAUGUGAUGGGCUACAUCCUGGAGAUGCUUGAAGCCGGAGCAGAAGAAUGGAAGAAGGCCCAUGAAAAGACUCUUCGUGCCACCGAGUAUGUGGUGACUGGACUUUCUGCAGGCAAGAAAUACUGCUUCAGAGUGGCCGGCAUCAACAUUAAUGGCACAGGAGACUUCAGUGAACCCUGCGCUGAGACUGAGCCUGUUGAGAGACUUGAAACACCCGACUUUGAGCUUCACGAUGACUUGAAGAAGACCAUCUGCCUUCGUGCCGGUGGCUCCCUCCGCCUAUUUGUCAACGUCUCUGGUCGUCCCAAUCCAGUCAUCACUUGGAGCAAGCCAGGUGUUGACCUUCAAAACAGAGGCUUCAUUGAAGUCACUAACACUUCGACCACGCUCAUCAUCGACAAGGUCCACCGCUACGACGCUGGCAAAUACACACUGAUAGCCGAGAACUCAGCAGGGAAACAGGAAGUCAACAUUCUGGUCAAGGUCUAUGAUACUCCUGGACCAACUGGACCAAUCAAGAUCAAGGAGCUGAACAAAGACUCUGCUGUCAUCUCUUGGGAAGCACCGACUGUAGAUGGUGGUGCGCCUGUCAACAACUUCAUCAUUGAGAGGCGUGAGGCCUCCAUGAGAGCCUACAAGACCGUCACCUCCAAGUGCAGCAAAACAUCCUACAAGAUUGAUGGGCUGAUGGAGGGCAUGCUGUACUACUUCCGUGUCCUCCCUGAGAACAUAUAUGGAAUUGGAGAGCCCCGCGAGACUCCUGAUGUCAUUCUUGUUUGCGAGGUGCCUUUGCCACCACACAAGCUGGAGGUGAUCGACGUCACCAAGAGCACCGUCACCCUGGGAUGGGAGAAGCCUGAGCACGACGGGGGCAGUAGAUUGACCGGCUAUGUGAUUGAGGCCUGCAAGUUUGGCACUGACAAGUGGAUGAAGGUGGCCACUCUGAAGCUCACCGACUUUGAACACACUAUUGAAAAGCUGAAUGAGCACGAACAGUACCUGCUCAGAAUCAGAGCAAUUAACAGCAGAGGAGCCAGCGAGCCCAAAGAGCUUCUCACCGCUGUCACUGUACAGGAACAGAGAGUUAUGCCCAUCGUGGACUUUUCCACUAUUCCUCAGAAGGUUGUCAACAUCCUGGCUGGCAAGACUUUGGAGCUGGACCUGCCCCUCAUCGGCAGGCCUCCGCCCGUCUGCUCUUGGUACUUAAGAGACAACAAGAUAAAAAUCACCGACCGUGUCAAGAUCAAGAGCACCGGCAAGUUCUCCAAACUCACUGUAUCGGACACCACCAUCGAUGACACUGGUGACUACACCCUGGAGGUGAAGAAUGCAGUUGGCACCAUCACAGAGGUCAUCAAAGUCAUCAUCCUCUCUAAACCUGAUGAGCCACUGGGACCUGUCAGGUUUGAUGAGGUUGAUGCCACCACUGUGACCUGCAGCUGGGAUCCUCCAGUCAGAAAUGGUGGUGCUCCCAUCAGUGGCUACGCAGUGGAGCAGCGUGAUGCUCACAGACCUGGCUGGGUGCCGGUCUGUGACUCUGUCAGCCGACCAACCUUCAAGUUUGAGAAACUGAUUGAGGGAGAUGAGUAUAUCUUCCGUGCAGCUGCCGUGAAUCGCUACGGCACUGGAGAGUUCCUACAGUCUGAAAUUGUCACCUGCAGGAGCUUGAACAAUGUGCCUGGACCUCCUGGACGUCCAACCGUCUUCGAUGUUUCUCGUGACGGCAUGACAGUGGCCUGGAACCCGCCAGAGGAAGAUGGUGGCCUCGAGGUUUCUGGAUAUAUUAUCGAGCGCAAAGAAGUCAGGUCUGACAGAUGGGUGCCUGCUAACAAGAACCCCAUCACCAUGACCAGAUACAGGUCGACAGAGCUAAUUGAAGGCCUUGAGUAUGAACACAGAAUCACUGCCCUCAAUGCCCGAGGACUGAGUAAACCAAGUCUGCCAUCCAAACCAGCAGUGGCAACAGAUCCCAUCGAUCCACCCGGUUGUCCUCAGAACCCAAGGAUCACUGAAACCACCAAGUCCUCUGUGUCACUGGCUUGGAGUCCACCUGACGAUGAGGGAGACGCAAGGGUGGACGGUUACCUGAUUGAGAUGCAGAAGGUCGGCACCAUGGCCUGGAUAAAGUGUAACACCACACCAUCUCUGAUCUGUGAAUAUACACUAACCAACAUGCCCCAAGGAGAGGAGUUCAAAUUCCAUGUGAUGGCCUGCAACGCCGGCGGCUCUGGAGAGCCUGCUGAAGUGCCUGGAACUGUCAGAGUGACUGAGAUGCUCGAAUCUCCUGAUUAUGAGCUGGAGCUGAAGUACAAAGAUGUGUACGUUGUCCGCCAGGGAGGAGUAGUUAGACUCUCUGUUCCCCUCAAGGGUAAACCUCUACCAGUUUGCAAAUGGUCAAAGGAUGGAGGUGCAGUCUCCACGAAGGCCAUGAUUGCCUCUACCGAGGAUGCCAGUGAACUGGUGAUCAAGGGAGCUGAGAGGAGUGACUCUGGUGUGUAUGACCUCCUGCUGGAGAAUAAGGUUGGCAAAAAGAAGGCCCAAAUCAAGGUGAAGGUCAUUGGGCGCCCAAGUGCUCCAGAAGGACCAAUGGUCUUUGAGGAGAUACAGGCAAACUCUGUCAAGGUGGCCUGGAAGGCACCCACUGAGGACGGUGGCUCAGAGAUCUUGGGUUAUAUUGUAGAAAGACGUGAAGCAGCAAGAAACGCCUGGUACACUGUGGACUCCAGAGUGACUGACACUCACCUGGUUGUCAAGGGCCUGAAGGAGGGAACAGAGUACCACUUCAAGGUCACGGCUGAAAACUCCUUUGGCAUUAGUGCCUCUCUGAAGUCGGAGCAGCCACUGGUGCCAACGACUCCUCUUUGUCCUCCUGAGCCUUCAAGCUCUCCACCUGAGAUCAUGGACGUCACAAAGAGCUCCGUGGCACUGGCCUGGUCCAGACCAAAGGACGAUGGUGGUUCUGCCAUCACUGGCUACUUUGUUGAGUACAAGAUGGUGUCUACCGAGACAUGGUCCCGCCACCAGACCAAGAUCACCUCUUCCAUGUUUACUCUGCCCGGACUCACACCAGACGCAGACUACCAGUUCCGUAUUAUUGCUGUCAACAACAUUGGUGAGAGCAAGGCCUGUCCUGUGUCUGACACAGUCACAUGCAAGGAUCCUUUCGACAAGCCAAGUCAACCAGGUGAGAUUGACACAGUGAAUGUGACAAAGAACUUUAUAACUAUACGCUGGCAAGCUCCAGAAUGCGAUGGUGGAAAGGAGGUCCUGGGCUACUGGGUGGAGUACAGGAAGUCAAUUGAGAGCACCUGGAAGAAAUGCAACAAGCAGAGGCUGAAGGAAAAGGAGUUCAGCAUGCCUGGACUAACUGAGGCCACAGAAUAUGAGUUCAGAGUGUUUGCUGAAAAUGAGACUGGAAUGAGCAGACCCCGAAGGACUACCACCUGCAUCAAGACCAAAUUGAGUGUUGAAACUAAACCAAGCCUGAGAAAGGAAAUGGAUGAAGUAACUGUCAAGCUUGGUCAGCCUGCGGUCAUGAAGUGCCAGAUCAUUGGUAGACCUGUCCCAGAAAUCAAGUGGUAUCAUGCCUCCAAGGAGAUUGUCGAGUCCCGCAAGUAUGAGAUGAGCUCUGAUGGCCGUAACCACUCCCUGUCAAUAAUGACCGACCAGCAGGAUGAUGAGGGACAGUACACAUGUAAGGCUAUCAAUGAUGCUGGGGAAGCUGAGACCAUGGGCGUCCUGGUGCUGGAGGCUGCUCCAACCUUCCAUCCUGACUACACAUUGAAGGAAACCUACUAUGCUGGCCUGGGAACCACUCUGCGUAUCCAUGCCAUGUACAUCGGCCGUCCAGAGCCAAAGAUCAUGUGGCUGCACGGAGCAAAGACCCUGGAGAACACAGAAGAAAUCAGUAUUGAGACAACUGAGCAUUACACACACCUGAUCAUCAAGAAUGUGCAGCGCAGAGUCCACGGUGGCAAAUACAGAAUUAGAUUGCACAACCACUUUGGCAGGGCUGACACUGCGUUCAAUGUUGAAAUUUACGACAAACCUGACAUGCCUCAGGGUCCCAUCAUCCUGGAUGCCCUCCUGAAGAAUUCAGUCAUCAUCAGCUGGAAGCCUCCCAAGGACAAUGGAGGCUGCAUGAUCACCAACUACAUCGUGGAGAAGCGUGAGGACAAGGAGGGUGCAGAUUGGGAACUGGUGUCGUCAUCCAUUAACGGCACAUCUUGCCAUGUCCCUAACCUCAUCGACAGUGCCGGAUACUUCUUCCGUGUAUACGCCCAGAAUCGCUAUGGCAACAGUGAGCCAUUGGAGCUCACCUCACCUAUUCUUAUCAAGAGCCAAUUGGAGAAACCAUCACCACCUUUGUUGCCAGUCGUGUCUGGAAUCACCAAAGACUCCUGUGUUGUUUCCUGGAAGCCUCCACUCAGCGAUGGUGGCUCCAAGAUCAAGAGCUACAGUCUUGAGAAAAAGCACAAGAAGGACAGGAAGGAAUGGACUGAAUGGACUCUGGUGACCACAGACGAGAUCAAACAGACAGUGUUCUCUGUCAAGCAUCUGACCGAGGGUGUCGAGUACAUCUUCCGCGUGAAGUGUGAAAACCUGGGAGGACAGAGUGACUACAGUGAAGAGACCACUCCCAUUGUUCCAGCCACAGCAGUCGAGAUCCGUGCUCCAGCCUUCAAGGAGGAAUUGAGGAACAUGAGCGUCAAGUUCAAGAGCAAUGCCACCCUUGUCUGCAAGAUCACAGGACAGCCCAAGCCUGUGAUUAAAUGGUUCAGACGAGGAAAGGAGAUCCAUUCUGAUGGAAAGAAGAUCAAGAUCCAGGAGUUCAAGGGAGGUUACCACCAGCUGGUCAUCUCCGAGGCUGAUGAGGAAGACUCCACUGUGUACCAGAUCAGAGCCACCAACCAGGGAGGCUCCAUCUGUGCCACAGUCUCUUUGGAUGUUGAAAUCCCCGCCAAGAUCCACCUGCCGAAGAACCUUAAGGACAAGGAAGCCAUCCCUGCCCUGCGUGGAGAGAUGGUUAAUAUCAAGAUUCCUUUCGGAGGCAAACCAGAUCCUGUCAUUACAUGGCAGAAAGGACAAGAUCUCAUUGACAGCAAUGGCCACUACCAGGUUAUCGUAACAAGGUCAUUCACUUCUUUGGUGUUCCCCAAUGGAGUAGAGAAGAAGGAUGCUGGUUUCUACAUUGUGUGUGCCAAGAACAGAUUUGGCAUUGACCAACAGACAGUUGAGCUGGAUGUGGCUGAUGUGCCUGAUCCUCCACGUGGUGUCAAAGCCAGUGACGUUUCCAGAGACUCAGUCACAUUGAACUGGGUGGCGCCAGCUAAUGACGGUGGCAGUAGGGUCAUCAGCUACAUCAUUGAGAAAUGCCCCACCACUGCUGAGAGGUGGGAGCGUGUUGCCCAGUCACGUGACACGCGUUACACCAUUAUCAAUCUCUUUGGAGGAACCAGCUAUCAGUUCAGAGUCAUUGCUGUGAACAAGUUUGGACAGAGUGCAUCAUCUGAGACCAGCGGACCCGUAAUGACCAAAGAGGACAAAUCCAGAGUACUGCUCUACGAUAGGGAGGUUGACGAUACUGGACGUGUUCCCAAGGGCAAGGCUCCACACUCUGAAGCCAAGAAUUUGCAUAACAAAUAUUCUAUCGCAGAGGAAUUGGGCAGAGGUCAGUUUGGCAUUGUCCACCGCUGUGUUGACAUCAGCUCUGAGAAGACAUACAUGGCUAAAUUCGUGAAAGUGAGAGGUGCUGACCAAGCAAUUGUCAAGAAGGAAAUUGCAACAUUGAAGCUGGCCAAACACACUAACUACCUUCUCCUCCAUGAGUCUUUCGACAGCCCAGAGGAGCUUUGGAUGAUCUAUGACUUCAUCUCUGGUGUUGACAUCUUUGAGCGCCUCAGCACAGCUGACUUUGAGCUUAAUGAGUGGGAGAUUGUUAACUACAUCAGACAGGUAUGCUCAGCUCUUGAGUUCCUGCAUGCUGAGAGCUAUGGACACUUUGAUAUCAGACCUGAGAACAUUGUGUACACAACUAGAACCAGCUCUAAUGUGAAGAUCAUUGAGUUGGGCCAGUCCAGACAUCUGACUCCUGGAGACCAAAUCAAGAUUCAAUAUACCACUGCAGAAUAUGCUGCCCCCGAGAUCCACCAGUGUGACAUGGUCAGCUCUGUCACUGAUAUGUGGUCGGUUGGUGUUCUUGCCUAUGUACUUAUCAGUGGACUUAAUCCAUUCACAUCUGAAACCAACCAACAGAUGAUUGACAACAUCUCCAAUGCAGCCUAUAGCUAUGAUGAUGAAUCCUUUACACAGGUCAGCGUUGAGGCACUAGAUUUCACAGACCGCCUAAUGACAAAGGAUCGCAAACAUCGCAUGAGUGCUUCUGAGGCUCUGGUGCAUCCUUGGCUCACCAAACCUACAGAGAGGAUCAGCACAAGAGCAAUCCCAACUGGCAGGCACAAAAGAUACUACCAAGCAAUGGUGAAAAAAGAGUGGAGCACUGUCAUCUCUGCAGCCCGUGUUGCCAGUGGUGGCUCCAUCAGGUCCCAGCGUGGAGUCUUUGUUUCAAAAGUGAAAAUUGCUCCAUUUGAACACGGUCCUCUUGCAGGACAGAUCAGCCAUGCAGUGGUGAAUGAAGGAGACAGUGUGAAAUUCAUCUGCCACAUUGACAACUAUGAUAGCACUACUGAAGUAACAUGGUAUUGUGGAGUUAGGCAACUUGAAGCCGGUGACAAAUAUGAAAUUGAAUAUGAGGACGGCCUGGCUGUAAUCACCAUCAACAAGGUCACAAGAGCAGAUGAUGGUACUUAUAGAUGCAAGGUUGUGAAUGAGUAUGGUGAGGACAGUGCCUUCGCAGAGCUGUUUAUCAAUGGUGUUAGAUCUUACUGCGACUUCUUCACCACCCGUGUGGUCAAGAGAACAAAGCGCAGAAUUGACACUGCCAGAAUGCUCCAGAAACCACCAGAGUUUACCCUUCCUCUGGUCAACCAUACAGCCUACAUUGGUGAGGAUGUGCGCUUUGGCGUUACUAUCACUGUUCACCCUGAGCCUCGUGUCAUCUGGCACAAAUCGGGACAGAAACUAAUCCCUGGAUAUGAUGACAAGAAGUAUACCUUCAUCAGUGACAAGGGUCUGUACCAGCUGAUUAUCCACAAACUGGAUAAUGAGGAUGAUGCAGAAUACAGUGUUGUGGCCCGUAACAGGUACGGUGAUGACAGCUGCAAAGCUCGUCUUACUGUUGUUCCUCGACCUAAACCAGCAGAUCUUACCCUGAGGCCCAUGUUUAAACGACUGCUAGCAAAUGUAGAGUGCAGGGAGGGCCAGAACGUGCGCUUUGAAAUUAGAGUAUCCGGCCAUCCUGCACUGAAGUGGGAGAAGGAUGGCACACCUUUAGCCUUUGGACCAUCUAUUGAGGUUGUCCAUGAGGGUCUUGAUUACUUCAUCCUUCAUGUGAAAGACACUCUCCCUGAAGACUCUGGUGUAUACAGAGUAACUGCUACCAACUCUGCUGGAUCUGCCAGUUGCCAGGCCACACUCAAAGUAGAACGUGUCACUCAUGUGAAGAAAGAAUAUGAGCCCAGUGAAAAGGAAAAGAAAAAGCUAUCUGGACAGGAGGAAUUAGACAAAAAGGUGAGGUUGUCUCAGAUUAUGUCUGGCACUGUUAUUGCACCUCUACCACCUGCAGCGGUACAAGCUGUAAGGGAGGCAGCAACCAUGUUCAAACCUGCUGUGACAACAAAGAAGGGUGAGAAGACUGAGGCUGAGAUACAGAAAGAACAAGAGGAAAGAAAGAAACGUGCAGAUGAGAAGAGGUUGCGAAUGCCCUAUGUCGUCCCCACUCCCCGCGUCAUUAACCCUGCUGUUCUUGAGGAAGACGUGGAAAUAAAACACUUUAAGCCACUCUCUGACAUGAAAUGGUACAAGCAGCUGCGUGAUCAGUAUGAGUUCCCUGAGCCUAUGGAGAAAAUCAAGCAGAAGAGGAUGAAACGCAUUCGCCUCUCCAGGUGGGAGCAGUUCUAUGAGGUGCCAAUCAGGAUCAAGGACCAGUAUAAGCCUAAAUGGCGCAUCUCAUCCAUGACUCAGGAUGACUUGGAGACUGUGAGGCCCGCUAGGCACCGCACUCCUUCCCCUGAGAUGGAGGCAUACCACCGCAUCAGAAGGAGGUCCCUGGGUGACCUGUCAGACGAGGAACUGCUCCUGCCUGUGGAUGAGUAUCUGUCCAUGAAGAAAACUGAGGAGGAAAGGCUUCGUCUAGAGGAAGAACUGGAACUUGGCUACUCUGCUUCUCCACCAAGCCUAAGUCCUGUUCGCUUUGAACUCUCUGCCCUGCGCCCCUCAUCUCCUAGAAGAGUCUACAGUGAUGAUGAAGAGGGAGAAGAGGUCAAGAGAUAUGACUCCUACCGAAUUCCAUCAAAAUAUGAGGCUGGUCCAAGUUUUGUUCAGCUCCGCCAGCGUCACGACAAAGCCACAUACAAAGCUCCAAGACAGAAGCAGAGAGUUUAUGAAGAGAAACAAGACCAAGAGCUGCUGCGCCCACACACAACAGCUCAGAGAAUAUCCUCUUACAAGAGUGAACUUAAACGCAUGGAGUUUGAGGAGAAGACGCGACCCUUUAAAAAGGAUACAACAGCCACUUUUGUGACAGUCUCUGAAGGCAUUGAAUCUGAGCACCUGACAACCUUUACCUCAGAAUAUGUUCCUAAACCCAUUAAGAAGCUUCCAAUGCCUGAACCGGAGGGAAGAAGAUCUACUACCACAGAAAAGGCCGCAAAGAUAGAUGUGGCGUUUCCAAGGGUUGACUUUGCAUCCAGAUAUGAGGAGAGGAAGCACGCUCUGAGAUCAGAGAGAAGAUCAGUGGAGAGAACGGUUGAGGUAGUGACGCAGGCUCCUUUCAGCCUUGACCAUGCCCCACGUAUCACCAUCAGGAUGCGAUCUCAUCGCGUACCUUAUGGAUCCAACACAAGGUUCACCCUGAAUACCCAGGCCAAACCAGAGUGUGAAGUGAAGUGGUUCCAUAAUGGGAAAGAUAUUCAUCAGAGCAGCAAAUACCACAUGACCAAUAUCAGUGGAGUCCUGACUCUCCAGAUCAUCAACUGUGUGACUGAAGAUGCUGGCACUUACCGUGUGGUCUGUAAGAACACCAAAGGAGAGACCUCUGACUAUGCCACAUUAGAUGUAGCAGAAGAAUAUGCUGCUUUCUCUUCACUCCGCAAAGAUGAGGAGCCGCCAUCCUCCCAUCUGCCUGAAAUGACCAGAACAGAGGUGUAUCAUGUCUCCUCAUCUAAAAUGACAGAAACUAGGACUGAAACUGUGAAAGAGACCACCACUGUUGUUGAGAAGCCGAGGGAGAGGCCCGGUGUUCCUGCUCAGAUCUUGACCAAACCAAAAUCUCUGACUGUGGAGGAGGGAGACCUUGCCAGAUUUGAAUGUGAUGUGGUUGGUGAACCAGCACCUUCUAUCACCUGGAUGCAUGAAGGAGCAGUCGUAGCUUCCUCGGCCCGCCACCACGUUGUCUCUACUCAAUACAACUCCUCUUUUGAGAUCUCUGCUGUUGAGAUGUCAGAUGAAGGCAGCUACACUCUGCUGGUGGAGAACACUAGAGGCAAACAAGAGACACAUUUCACUCUGACAAUCCAUAAAACUGAGUCCAAGGAGAAAGUCAUUGCCCCUCCCAGAAUCACCUCCCCAGAGGCGAAGUCCCCUCAUCCCAAGUCCCCUGAACCAGUCAAAUCUCCUCAGAGAGUCAAGUCCCCUGAGCCAAUCAAGUCACCUCAGAGAGUCAAGUCUCCAGUCUCACCAAAAUCCCCAACACCAAAGUCCCCUACUCCAAAAUCCCCACCUCCAUCCCAAAAGGAAAAAGUAACUUCUCCAAUCAAGUCACCAACUAGAGUGAUGUCACCAACUCUGGAGAAGAAGCCAACCUUCUCUGCCAGUCUGAGCGACGUCACUGCGACCUCUGACUCCAUCGUAAAACUGUCCGUGAAGGUGACCGGAGAUCCCAAACCUUCGAUAUCAUGGCUGAAGGGUGGAAAGGCUCUCUCUCAGGGUGGGAGGUAUGAAAUCUUUGAGGAGUAUGGCGCAACAUACCUUGAGAUCUAUGAAUCAGGAGUCUCUGAUAGUGGGGUGUACAAGUGCACUGCUACUAACAGUGCUGGAUCAGUGUCGACUACCUGCACAGUCACUGUACAAGACACAAAGAGUUCCAAAACAAGAGCUGAAAUCUCUGAGGAAGUCAUGAAAAAGGAAAUGGCCCAGGAAGAAGUCCUGUCGUUUGUGAAGGAGGUCAAGUCCUCCCAUAGUCAACUGUCUGUUGCAGAGGCUCAGUUUGAAACUGCAGUCACAACCAAGCACUCGGCUGCACCCCAGUUUGUGGUGCAGCCCAGGUCCCAGAAUGUGGAUGAGGGACAAAAUGUCAAAUUCACAUGUGAAAUCAAAGGAGAGCCUUCACCUGAGGUGGAGUGGUUGAAAGACAACGUGAUGAUUUCUGUCACAUCAAACAUUCGACUCCGCAGCUCCGAACAUGUUUACACUCUGGAGAUAUGUGAAGCCACAGUUGAAGACAGUGGGAAAUACACAAUAAAAGCCAGAAACCAGUUUGGGCAGUGCUCUGCAACAUCGUCCCUCAACGUCCUCACUCUUGUUGAAGAACCAACAAAAAUGAUUAUUGUGGAGCAAAGAGCUUCUUCUGAUGCUGCUGCUGGCAUGUCCGCCUCGUCCGUUCACAUGGAGAACGUUUCCAUGCAGGCCGACAGCUACAGCAGCAGCUCCCACUCUGCUGCCGCCCAGUGUUCAUUUGAGAGCAUGUCUGCAACUAGCAUGUCUGCCAUGAUGGCAGGGUCAAUGGUUUCCAUGAGCUCCAGUAAACAAAUGAUGGAAAUGUCCGCUCACUCGCAUGUGGAGGCCUCCUCCUCCUCGCUGAGCACCCGAACCACAGGGGUCAAAAGAGGCACUCCACCGAAGGUGGAAGCUCUUCCAAGGGACAUCAACGUCGAGCCGGGAAAGUCCCUGACGGUGGUGGGGGUGAUCUCCGGAGACCCCACUCCCUCUGUCCAGUGGGUCCGCUCCGGUCGCCCUCUCCCCAGCGGGGACCGGCGGUACCACGUGGAGAACACGGAUGACCUCUCCACCCUCAUGAUCUCUGCAGUGAAGGAGGACGACGGCGGCGCAUACACCCUCCGACUGUCUAACGAGCUUGGCUCCGACUCCGCGACCGUCAACGUUCACAUUCGCUCAAUGUAAAAAAAAAAAAUAUAUAUAUUUUCCCCAUUUCCCCGAUCCAGAACCUUUUUGUUUAGUGAAUUAGCAAAAAUAAUCUACUUGAUAAAGAUCUGGAUUUUUCUGUUCUUGUAAAUAUGAACUAUUUUUGUACCAAAUUUGACAUUAAUUUAUGCCAAACUAGACUCGAGUCUAACGUUGUUAUAAAAUGUGCCAUAUUGGACAAUUAUGACUUAGGAACCACUUUUCUGUGACAUGUACAUAAUGUAUAUAGCCGAAUUGAACGGUUAUGGGAAAUGUAUGCAUUGUUAUUUAUGACAAUAAUAUGAACUGAAACAAAAUGAAACUUAAUGUGGUUCAACAGGAGAAAGUUUCUCCAGGAACGAAUACCCUGUUGAACUGAGAAACUAAACUCUGUGCCUCAACGAUACGUUGACGUGUUAAGAUCGCCUCGGCAGGUAGAGAGGCUCCCUGCCGAUGUUCACAAACAGGAAGACGAACUUAUUGUUCUGGAUGCACGUCGCUGCGUGUGAUAUUACAGUUUCCUACAAGUUGUACCGUGAGCAUAAGACCCUGAGCGCUGUUUGCAUCACCCUCAUGUAAGGAGCGUGAACCGGCCUUGUGCUCCGACUGACUGUGUCGUACCACCACGAUUUGAUGACCUGCUCAGAGUGCGAGCGGCCUGCACUCUGAGCGUUUAGAUUUUUUAUGAAAGAGCGCUGCGUCUGGCGCGGGACGGCCCGGGUCGGCUUCUCUAAGAACCUAACACCUCCAGAGAGCCGACGCCGGCUCUGCUGUGCAGACGUAGCGCCGUCUCUUGGAGGAUAGUUAGCCAACGUGUUUGUGUGUUCGAGUGCGAGUGUUUUUAGCUUUUAGUCGUUUCACCUUGUCAGUGGUCAGGGUCGUCUCCUCCUUCUUCUUCUUCUUCACCAUCCCAUCUGCCGUGGGAGGAAGGAGAAGAGCAGCAGUUGUGUUUUACCCUGCACCUUGAUUUUAAUGAUCUGUUGAUGUAGAACUAUAUUUCAUCCUCCUCGAGUUUUAUGCAUUACUGAUUUAAUAAAGCAUGAUUUUCAGCACAACACAAA